CGGAGCGUCAUCGCAUCCGGGCGACGCGUUCCGCGUGGCAUAUGUUAUUACGUACACGAUAUUAUCAUUAUCAUUAUCAUUAUUAUUUUCGGGCAUAUUACACUUAUGACCUACAUCCCGGACUUUUUACAUUUUUUAUUUUCAUUUUCCCCGCUCGUCGAACCCGAAUCACGUCGCGCGCCGGACGAAUGGAGCGGCGUCUCGCUGAUGCGGCGAUCUGGUGAGCCAAAGCUUUUUCUCUUUUCUCAUUCUCUCUCUCUCUUUCUCUCUCUCUUUCGGCCACUAUAGCACCGCGUCUUUCGCGCGAUGUUCCGACUGCGCCUAUGUACACUGCGGAGUUCACAGAAAUUCGCGUUACAGUCGGGUUUCCGACGAAAUGCUUGUUUUGUAUUUACUUAUUUCUUUUCAAACGACCCGUGUGAAAAAUUUUCGACGAGCGAAACCAUCACUAGUCGUGUUCAACUCUGUUGCCGGCCGAUAUUGAAAACGCCCCGCGGACAGACAAAGUUUACGAUUAUCUACUUUUGAAUUUAAAAUGGCGGCCUAUGGUAGAAAAAAAAAAUCCAUAAACAAUUUAGUUUGAAUGCGUCUCGGCGUCGGGAUUAUUAAUUUCCGCCUACUCGUUGACGAGACGUUCCGAUUUUAAGUGCGGGCGAGCGGUGUGAAGCGGGGCACACACUUAACCGCGAGUGCCGUGCCGCCACGCGAACGAUGCUCUGCCGACCACCCCCAAACGCCGUACUUAAGAGUAGACAUUUUUCGUCGACGGAAAUUAAAACUCUCGACGCCGAAAAUGCGGGUGACAAAAAUAACGGUAACGUGUAACGUUUCGGAACCAAUGAUUCCGAGAAGUUUGUACGUGUCGUUUGAGAGAAAAAAAAUAAUUAGCGUUUCGCGGAAAAUUUUUACUGAAAACCCAUGUACACAUUAUGUAAUAAGUACCCGUAUUAUGAACCACCUAUAGUGUCGGUUUAUGUAACGACGUAGGCGUAUAGAAAAAAAAAAAAAAAAAAAACAAACGAAAGCCGUUCUUUUUAAUAACUCGUACGCACCGUGUUUCCGAAUAAUAUUGUGCCGCCGACCCCCGGGGGGUUUUCAUCUCGCGUUUGGCCCGUUUGGCCCCGGGACGCGUUAUUCGCGCGCGCGUUUAAAAAUAAACGCCGCACGGCGUUUCUCGCGUUCUCGCCGGGCCCUCCCGCGCCGAUCGACGUGUCCCCGUGGCACGUCGCUGUUUUUCGUUUUCGCGGCGACAAAACCGGCGCGGUAAACGGCGCGACCGUUCGCGCGAGAGUACACGAUCUACGGGAAAAUACCGCCGAGUAUUCGUUUGUCGAACCGGCCGCGAAUGUCGUAAUGGUCAGGCUAGGAAAACAAAAGAAAAAAAAAAAUCACGUCGUUAUAAUGUUCGCUCGCCACUCCGCGGCACGCCGUACCGAAAACGCUCUGUACGCACCGUAAAGCGAUUCCGAGCCCUUCUUCCCCGCGUUCAGCGAAACAACGUGAACGGCGCAAUUCAUUCGGAAAAAAAAAAAAAAGCACACUGUUCCAGAACUAUGCCCGGGCCCGGCGGCGCCGGACCGCGCGUGUUUAAGACGGCGGACGGGUAAAAAGUCGCAUGCAGACCGCCACCGCCCUUUGCGUUCGCGAAACAAACUCCGAUACAACGCUCUUGCCGUUAAUUGACCCGACGGAAAAAAAUGGCCCGGCUAUACCCGCCGUCGAUCCACCGCCGCCCACCCGUCAAAACAAGGGUGGCAAUUGCCGUCCGUCCCCGACUGCUGGUUUCGGCGCCAUUGCCCCGGGUUAAAGGCGCGAUUCCGAUAAGUGUGGCACCAAGAGUUUACGACGGUUUUGGAUUAAAUCUCAUCGGUUCCAGGCGAAAAGUCCUCGGAGAAAAAUCGAUAUCUCAAGGUUGACCGAAUUUCGAAAACUCGAAACGUUUAUUUCGCCAAUUUAUGUCGACGGCCUUUGGUGUAACGAUGCGUUUGAUUUUACCCUGUGUUCUAUCCAACGUGGCAUUGCACUGCAGAUCGAAGGUUAUUUUCGAUUGAAAUGUUGUCCGGGUGAGCGGCGCAACUGCAAGUGAUAUAAUAAUAAAAAAAUUCCAAUUUAUUUUUGACCGCAUUUUGGAUUAAUUCCUAUCGAUCAAAUUUUCGAAGACGUCGAUUUCGAGAUAUCGAUGUUGUCUCGAAAACUGUUGAAACACCUAGUGAUGGUAACACUUUCGAAAACCGAUUUGAAUUUAUAAUUAUGUCUACUUGAAAUCGUUAAGACGAAUUUUCAAAAUGUUACCCCCGCCCCCUCUCCGCCAACUCCUAUAAAUUCGGUUUGAACAUUCGUAAUUUAAGAAUUUUCAGUAUUCGGAAUUAAAAUCAGAAAUUUUAAAAUAUGGACCGACCGAUCUCGAGUAGACACCAUAACGAAUUCAGAUUCGCAUUAUUAGACAUAUAGAUCGACCUAUAGGAUGGACACGAGGUAAAUAAUUUUAAUCGAAUAAACGUGUUUUAUUUGAUUAAAAUUAUAUUCUGAAUUGUUCUCGCGCGCGACGCCGCGAUGGUGACUCAUGUGGGCGCAUGCCACGUGCGUAAGCGUUUCUCCGAAACUACUGGUUAUCCUUAUCGCGUGACGAACUAUAAAAUCGUACGUUUUUCAUCGUAAUAAAUUUAAAAAUCUAACGUUCUCUACGUUCAGUCACCCGUUGGAAUAUGUUCGUUUGGAACCAAACGAAAUCAAUCAUCAGGAAUGGAUAACAGUGACGAAUGUAUUGGCAUUACCACUCAUUAUAAUAUAGGUAACCGUCGUCUGGCAACUAUUUGUUUGGUAACGCGGUCGAACCGUAGGAAUUACUACGUGCAAAAUCAAUUAUCUCUAAUCAAUCCCUAGAUCGGUAUCCCGAAUCUCGACGUACAUUGAUGAUUGAUAGCACUGUAUUUGGAAUUUGGUUUCUCAUUCUCCGUCUCAAUAAUGUAAGUGUAGACAUAGAUUCGACGGAAGCGAAAAUCGAACCUGUUUUUCGUUUUGGCGGAAACCGUGAUCGCCCCCAACCCGUAAGCAUUGAGUAAAGUGAUAUUCAGGCGGUACGUUCCGAGGAAAUGUGCGGGUUUUUUAUUUGAUCUUUUGAGAACAACUCAUCGCCCUUCUUUUAUCGUUAUUUCGUGACGUGUAUAGCGGUUAUUUCGAAAAUAAAAUAAUACCGAUCGUUUAAAUCGCGGUGUCCGCCCAUUUCUCGCUUCUGUUUAUUUGAAAUUCCAUAUAUGCGUAAUAAUAAGGUUAUUAUAAGACAUGACCUUGCGGUCCUUUGCGGUAAAAUGCUGUUAUUUGGUCGGAUCAAAAAAAAAAAAAAAAAAAAACGGACAUACUUCGCACGUGGGCGGGCCACUGCAGUUGUAGGUGAGAAGUUGGGAAGGUAGUAGAGAGGAAAUUUAAUAUAUUUCUGUAAGCAGCGAUAAANAAAAAAAAAAAAAAAAAAAAAUAAUAAUAAUAAUAAUAAAUAAAUAAAGAACGUGAUGGGUAGUAAAUUAUAGUAUACCUGCCGUAAAUAUGCACUGUCUCUGUCACGCUACGCGAGUAAUAAAAGAGAAACGAAAAAAAAACAAAAAAAAAAACGGACAUACUUCGCACGUGGGCGGGCCACUGCAGUUGUAGGUGAGAAGUUGGGAAGGUAGUAGAGAGGAAAUUUAAUAUAUUUCUGUAAGCAGCGAUAAACCAUUAUCGAACGAAAAAACGAUUCUGAGCGGAGUUUAGUUGAUAGUGUUGUUUUGUCAACAAUAUAUAUAGUAAAAUAAUUGCAUAGGCGUUAUGUAUUUUCUUUAAUAAUAUUUGCUUAAUAUUGUACCAAUUUUCCCGUUUUUCCUCCGCUUUUUCCAAUUUAUCGGGAAAAUUAAAAAAAUGAUCUGCCUUGAGUCACUCUCCAGUCCGAUUUACUCUCAGUAAUAGUGCUACACUUGUAAAUCGGAGCGAGAUUUCUGGUAGGAAAGUUGUCCAUAGAAAAAAAAAAUAUCAAACAUCAUUAUAAAACCAUGAGCUUCUUCGCUCCAUUCAGAAUCUAAAAUAAACGCAGUGUAAAAUUAUUAUAAUAAUUUAUUUUGAUGUCUUAGGGAAACUUAUUACAGUCAAUUAAAAUACAGUGUUUGCCGGAGAUCAGGUAAAUGCAACAAAUUUUGUUCUGUUCAAUAUUACGUUUAUCUUCCUCUUUUGUGAUAACUAUUCUAUAGCCUUGCGCCGUGGCUCUUCUAUUUGAUAUGAGUUUUUUAAUUAAAAAUAAAAAUUUGAAUUUCAAAACAAAUUUUUUUUUUACAAAAUCCAAGACAUUUUACAUAUUUAUUUUGAAACAAAAUGUUAGUGUUAAAAAGUCGUUAAUUUUCUACAAUUAAUCGAAGUUCAAACCUUUUUAUCGAAAAAUCAAACCAAAUUAUUUUUGCGGCGAAUCGAUCGUCAUUAUUUAGUAAUGGCAACGAAAACAAUUUUAACUAUCGUAAACUUCAAAUACUAAAAAUAAUAAUAAUACAAUUUAUAGCUCUCUUUAUUACCAAAAAGAAAAAAAGAAAAAUAUUGAACAGAACAAAAGUUAUUGCAUUUGUCAUUUCUACGCGGGACAUAUUAAUUUGAGUCAGGAUAAUAUUGCGAUAAUGAAGAGCCGAACAUAAUUUCCGAGAUGUUUGCAAAAAAUGUACGGUAGCAAAGAAAAAUCGGAGCACUAUUGCUAUCCGAAAAUGAAAAAAAAAUCCGUCACUUCUCCGCUACACUCGGAAUCUAAUGCAGUGGUUUCAAUCUGAGAGUAGCGAUCUCCAAAGUGGUCGCUAGGUAUAGUCGAGGGUCGGGGGGGUCGCCAAAAGUUACCGAAAACGGCCUUUCUUACAUAACGUCAUCGUAUAGUAAAAUGUUCGAAGGGGUCACCUAACAGAAAAAAAAAACUAUGCGGUCGCGAUUCGUUGAAAACCGCAUGACCUAUAAUGUAUUAUUGUGUUAUAUUAUAUUAUAACACAAAUCGAAAAUAUUAUGACGGGGUAAAAUAAUUUUUGUUUUACUGGUAGGAAGAGGCCAACGACAGUGUAAAAUCGUAGAUUUUUCAAAUCGCUACGGGAACGGGCAUAUCAUUAUAAUGUUUCGUGAUGGUGCGAGUUAUUCUUGUUUUAUCCGUUUCGUUCGUUACAGUGUUUUUACAACGCAUACGCCCCUUGUUACGUUACCUAUCAAAAAUGUUUUCUGUUUACUACCCUCGAUACAUUUAGCUAACUUGCGUGGUUUCUCGCGGACCUAUUAAUAUUUUCGGUUUACACACGGUUUGGCAGUUCGCGUGGUGGCCCCGCGCAGAGCAUAACGUCGAAACCAUAGAUUACAGUGUAAUUCAAUAAUAUUAAAUUAGUACAUUUCCUUGAGUUUUAUGUCAUGUAUUGCAUUAUUUCAAUAUUAUACCCACGUUUUCGUAAUUUUUCGAUAAGUUGUUUGCGGCUGCAGUCCUAUAACGGUUUCGUUUAAAUGGGUAACAGUAAUACACACAGUCAUAUACACAGAUACACGCGCAAAUUAUACGGAAUAUUAAUAGAUUUUUUAAUAAACCACGUGAUUUUAUGUUUUAAAAAAAUAUUGGAUACCGAUAUUAAUACACUUGUUUUCGUUCUACGUCCAACUCACUGGUGGCCAAUUUUUUUUUUCCACGGACCGUAAAACAAAAAAGACCAUAAAUACUCUUUAUCUAUUUAAAAUGUUAAUCGAAUGUUUUUUACAGGCAUGAUUUGACAUUUUUUAUUUUUUUUGUUUUUAAUUCGAUUAUUAUAAAUUACAAUAAUACGCAAGGUGAUUCACAUAAUCUAAAACUUUCCCUAUCUUGAAACUAUUAACUUUUUCGUAAUUUGUAUUUCGAAAACUCAAACAGCUCUAAAAUAUUAAAAUGUUACAUUAUCGUCAAUAAUUUUAUUCACCUUUAUUUUCGAGGCGUGAAACCACUACCCUCGUUUGAUUUUUAAAUAGCCAAUCUAUUAUAAACAAAAAAUUCAUAAAUAGAUUUAGUUUUAACUUAAAUACUUUUUGGAGUUGAUAUUAUUAAAAAUAUUCUAAAAUAUUCCACUUAAAAGUAGAAUAUCUCGUAAACGGGUUUAUGGAAUUUAAAAUAUCAAUGCCAAAAUGAUUUUAUACUAAAAUAUCUAUGUACUCACAGGGUGCUAUUUGAAAAUCAAAAGUGGAUAAUCGCUUCACCCCCAAAAAUAAAGAUGACAUAAAUUUAACAUUUGAGUUUCUGGAUUCUUAAAAGUUAAUAUUUUUCGAGGUAAUGAGUGUACCCACUUAAAUGAAUCACCCGGUAUAAUUAAUAUGAAGUAUACAAAAUAAAUGUUUACACAUAAUAAUAAUUUUUUAAACUAGAUAUUUAAUAAUUUAUUUAAUAUGAGUGAUGACCUUGUUUCUGUGGACAAAGAACAUCAAUAAUAGGUUCUUAUUUGGUAGAGUUCACCCGAAGAACUACGAUACGAAGAUAUUCAUUAGUUAUGCGAGACCGAGUUUUAAUUUUAUUGAUUUACAUAUAGUUGAAAAUACUUGCUCACAAAUAUAAUAGAUAUUAUAAUAUGUUAAACCGAAUGCAUAUUGACUGCAAACGCUCAACUGCCCAACGCUUGGGAAAUAUAUUUUAGAUGUAUUCAAAUAAAAUUCAGCGAUAUAUACAGAAUUUGAAUAAUAUUAUUAUACUAUGGUUUUAAAUAAUUGUUGGGUUGAAAAUCGAUUGUAAAAACAAGGUCAACAUUUUCUAGAUGUAUUUAUUAUGAAAGCAGAAUUUUCAAAUCAAUGCUAAAAUAUAGAAAACUUUUGCGAUUCAGAUAAUAAUAAUGAUCUAACUUAUAGGUAUGCAGCAUACUAAUACAAAUAUACAAUCUAGAUCAAUUUUUUUGUAAUUAAUCAAAUCGACGUAGUGAAACCUAUAUAAGAAGUUUGAAAGUAGAUUUGAAUAAAACCUAAAAUCUUUCUUCCUGACGAUCGGUCAGAUCAAUUUUAUUUCAAAUAAAUGUUAUGUUUUUUUAAUAUAAUUAUGUAUUAUUUUUUGAGAGCCUUCAUUCCAACUAUUUGGGAUCGACCACCUUAGUCAUAAACUUACAUUUGACCAGAUAUUCCACCCCACAUAUACCGGCUGUCUUCAUAACACAAGUUCUCAAUCGCAUCCAACCACGGAACCACCUCUUUUUCGACCUUCCUAGCCCCUUCUUCCCAUUUACAAUUUUUGUUUUUAAUUAAAAUUAUAUUAUAAAUUGUUGUAUUUUGACGAUAUAUGUAUAUUAAAAAACAACUGGGUAUUAUAAAGUAUAAAAACAGAAAAAAAAAACAUAACAUAAAACGUGUAAUGCCCAGAGUCGUUAAAUUUUAAAACCUAAACGGGGAAUGUAAUUAAUAAUAUUUUUAAUUAAGAUGACAUUAUUUGAGCGAAGAGCAUUAGUGUCUCAAAAAUUAGUUUGGAGAAAAGUGUCCUAUUACGUUUAUUUUCAUUACAAUUCUUAUUACGUCUGAUUCCUCUCUUCUCAUGGUAUAUCCAAACCAUCUCAGUUUAUUUUCUCUCAUUUUGUCUACUAUCGAAGCCACCUAAGCUACCUUAUAAGUAAUACUCGUUCCUUAUCCUAUCUUUUCUCGUCACUCCCCUCAUCCACCUAAGCAUUUUCAUCUCUGCUAUACUCUUUCUCUGUUUUAUUUUUCUAUCUACCGUCUUACAUUCCAAACCAUACAACGUGUUAGUCUCACCACACUUUUGUAGAAGUUACCUUUAAGUUUCAUUGGAAUUUUCUUAUUACAUAAAACACCUAACGCUUCUUUACAUUUUAUCUAAUCACACUUAAUCUUAUGUUUCACAUCCUCGUCAAAGACACUGGUCUUUUGUACAAAAGAUCGUAGGUGUAUAAAACUCAACCUCGUUAACUAUGUCCCCGCCUAUUGUCAACAAUUGCAAUACCAAAAUGUAUUUAAACUAUAUACUCCAUCUAAUUAUGGAAUUAUUAAUACUAUCAAUAUACUUCAAUUAUUUUUUUUUAUCGGUACUUUUAAAAGUACUACUAGAAAAUCAAUAUUGAGUAGUAAUUUCGUCUCCUUGAAAUGAUGGUGCCGAAAAAUAAUGUUAAUGUUUUAGAGCUACUUGUUUCUUAAAGGUUCUAAAAAAAACAAAUUUCAAAAAAGUCAAUAUUUUAGAAAUAUCGACACUUAAAUGAAACACUGUAUAUACUUUUUAUCCUUUUUCCGCAACUCUUUUAGAUUUUCAGUGGCUCCCUCUGGAUCAAAUGAACUCAAUCUCGAGAAUUAGUUGUUUUAUGAGUGGAUUUAAGUGAUACAAUUUUUGCUGAAUAAUGUUGUAGGAGGAGUGUGUUUUUAGCUUUGUACGUGUACACCCCUUCAGGCCCUCUAAAUAAAGCCAUAGAGAUUAAAUUUUGUACAUGCCUAUUGUACGUAUCAAGAAUGUGCCUUUUGAAGGUUUAAUUUUUAAAUCCCGUAUUCAACCAUUUCUAUGCCCAAAUUUUAUAUUUUUACAGAAAAUACCGGUUUAUAAAUACCCCUAAAAACUAAAAUGUAAUAAAACACUGAAAACUACAACCACAAAUACUUUAAUUUACAAAAUGUAUUUAUUUUAAAAUAUUUAUCUAUUCAAUAAGACGUCGUGUUAGUUUAUUUAAAAGAUUGGAUGUGUUUGGAGCUUUUUAAGUGCAUAUCUUGCUAUUUUUUGACGAGGAUUCGAAAGGGUUUUUAAAGGGUUUUUUAGUGUUAUAAUAAAUAAUUCAUUACAGUCCAAAUGUUCUUACUGAAAUACUGAUUAAUUUAUUUCAUAUGAAUUAUUAAUUUAUUGAUCAAAGAGCAGGUUGGUACCUAUAUUUUAGCGGUUUCACUACCGAAAUAUUGUUAUGCAGAGGACAAGGUUGUGUUUUUAUCGUCGGUCGCAAGUAUAACAAUUACGUAGGUAACUAAGUUUAUGCAGAUAAAAAAAAACAAGUAGAUACGUUCGUUAAACAUGUAUUUUUGAAAUAAAUAUUUUUAAUCGUUCAAUAUAAUUAUUAAAAAAAAAAAAUAUGCAUACAUUUAAUUUAAUUAAUUUAGUUUUUCACUUAGCCUAUAGUUGAAAUUAAUAAAAACUGAUAAAAAGAUCAUUAAAUUUCGGCCGGAAUUGAGUCUCAAAAUCGAAUUAAAUUGCAGGAAUAGGGAUUGACUUAUAAUGGAGUUUUGUGUAUUUUCCCUUAAGGGGAUUGGAAACGAAGAGCUUCUGUCUUUGUAUUACACACGUGAGAUAUAGGUAUUUAGACAUGUUCUAAUUCCAACGUACCGAUUGAUCUAGUGAAGCGAUAAGAAUUCUGGAAACAAAUUUGAAUUUUUCGUGAAGUCUACUUGAGAUCGACUUUCCCCUUUUUUAAAUUCAUCUCCUUAAAUUCUAAAAAAAGCAAAAAUAAUAAAAGAGUAAUUGAAAAAAUGGAAUAUUUUAAUUUUUCGAUAAAUUAAAAUCAAAAAUUACAAUUAAGGAAGAUUUCUUUAGUAGUUAUAUUUUUAUUACCACAAUAAUAUUUCAAUUCAAAAUAAUAAUAUAAUUGAUUUAAGUGUCGCCGAAAUGGGAAGUUUUUUAAUAUCUUAUAAAACCGAUUUAUUUUCCGGCCAAAUGGGAGUUGGCUACGUGGGAAGACACGGUUUGUAUAGUUUUUAUUUUCAAUAGGUAACCUUUUUUUAUUGUUUUAAUCAUGAUAACCUGUAUAACAAUAUGUUAAAUUCAUAUAAUUCAGGUCGACCGAUCGACGGUUAACAAAAAAAAAAAAAAAAAACCCCGUAGAUAAUUAUACGUUAUUUAUUGAUUUAUUAUGUGGUAGAAUAUUUUUUGGACACCAGUAUGUAAGUAUAGGUGCAUAGUAGAUGACUUAUCUUCAACUAAAUAAUAUAUUAUUUACGGUAUUGAUGAAAAUGCAUUAUAGCGGGUCACCUAGUCUGGCGGCGUGGUGACGUACGACAUCAUUAAAUUAUUAAAAUAUAGGUACAACUAUAUUAUGUACUCGUACUUCUUAUACACGGCUAAAAUAGUAUGUACUUACAAAAAUUAAAUACAUAUACAAUAUAAAUUGUAAAGACGAAUAUUGGAAUUUUACGGUUUAAUGUAGACCGUUCAGGUGGUAUACUUUCAGACCGUGUCUUCCCCGAUGAUAAUGAAAAAAAACGCCCGGAAAAUCCAAGUCCUAACAUACUCCAACUUAGAAACAUAAAAAUCGCACCUAGCUCGUCACGAAAACCGUUUUGGUUCAAAACUGGUACUGUUCCCGAGGGAGUCGGUUUCCUAAAUGUGAACCUGAAAUCAAGUCGAUGAAAAUUCACGACAAAUUUAGAUAAAACAGAGAGAAAGAUGGAAAAAUCACAUCGGGUAGGUCACGGGCAUUGGAGGUUUACUAUGAUACGUAGUGUGAUGCGCUCUUAUUGGUUGAAGGAGCAAUGGUAACAUUCCGCGGUAUAAGAGAGGUACUUCGUCGAGUAUCGGAUUAUAAUAGGCUGUGUAAAUAAAUCGUUGUUAGUUACAUAUACAAAAAGAAUUAUAAGGGUAAAAUUUGAGUAAAAUAAGUGAACAUCCAUAAUGAAUACAAGUUUUAUCUGUUUGAUUGUUAAAUUUUCCCCGAAAAAUAAAGACUAUCAUAGAAUUGCACCGUAUUGUGUCUGUUUAUAUAAAUAUAAUAUUAUGUAGUAUAUAAGUAGUAUAUAUCUUAUACCCGAUACUUAAGAAAACUCUUAACUCUUGACCAAAUGAAGUGAAUUAGGUUUGUUUGAAAUGCAGAUUGAAGUUGGGUUGAAUUUCAAUAUUAAUUCAACGUGUGAUUGCAAAUGAAAGUUAUUUUCUUUAGCCUUGGACACUCUUACAGAUCUUUCAAAUGAAACCCGGGGGAUCUAAUUUUGUAUAUGUGUAUAACGUCAGUAUCAAGGAUACUGCUCCAGGAUAUACAUGCCCUUUAAAAGUUUUCAUCUUUCAACUCUCUCCUCUAUCAUUGGUCUCUUCAAAAUUCACGAAUUUUAGGAAUGCAGUAUAGUUGGAGUACAUAUUAUAGUUUUUAUUGUUUUACAAAGAAUAUUUCUAUUACGUAAAAUAAAAUACCUGGGGGCUCUAGUGACUGAACUCAGUUGCGCACUGGUGUUUUAUUAUACAAUUAUCGUAAAUAUGAAUAUUCAAUUAAAAAUUACAAACAUUAUGACCGCAAAAUAAUAAAAGUACCUUUAUUAAUUAGUUGCAAUAAUAUUAUAUGUUUCGUCCGUCAUAAUUAUUAAAACUGUUAAAAUUAUUGAAAUUUACGUUUAUUUGCGCUGUUAUAACGUAAAAUAAAAUAUUUUUCAAGUGCCGACCUAAUAUAUUACAUGUUGUUUUUUUUUUUUCUAAUGAAAGUAUAAUGUACAUAAUACAUAUAUAGGACUUAGAGGUAUAUUAUCAUAAUAAUAAAAUCUGAUAAACAAAACAAAAUUAAAAUAAGGUUCAACGAUUCGCAAAAUUGCCACCAUCGAAUACAAUCAUCUUUUAAACGCUGAUUAAGGUUUUUAUGCGAAAUAAUAAUAUUAUAUUAUAGUGACACACGACGCGCAUUGUAAACCAUCUCGAAUAAAAAUAAUAACAAUUGAAAUCGUUCGGUUUGUUAAUAACAGCAGCAGCAGCUAUAGUGCAUCCAUUGUAAUAAUUUACUGCAUUCGUAUAAGUACGGCGCGCAUUAAAAUAUCAUGACAAAAUAUUUUUCAUUUUAUCGCGUGGCGGUUUGAUUAGUUUGUUAUAACAACUGCACAUUAUUAUAUUUUAUAAAAUAAUAUUUUAUAUGUAUAUAUACGUAUUAAAAACCAUCGCCGCUAUAAUCGUUUCGGAACUAAUUUCGAAUUAUACCAAUGCAUGAUGGCGGCAGGGCGAAGCAAUAUGUAUAUACACGUGUACGCACGCAUGCGUUUUUCAUUAUUUGAAUGAUUUCAAUAGGAUUUUUUUAUUUCCAUACGAGUAUUAUACGCGAGGGGAUACGACGAGUAUAAUACCGUCGUAUGCUAUAUAAUAAUAUAUUAUGUGCAAUGGAAGUUGUUAAUAUUUAAUUUAAUGAAUUCUAGGAUGUCACGGUCAGGAAUUUUGCUGACGUCGUCGAUGUCUUUUUUUUUUUCAAAUAUAUACUGUAUAGUAUAUAAUAUAUUAUUUAUACCUACCUAUGUCCUAUAUUAUUGCGUAAAAUAUUAUAAAGAGAAAAAAGCCGAUACUGCUGCUGACACAGUGGAGUGUCACCACCGUUGUACAUAUACCAAAUAUAGGUGUGGGAAUACGGUACACUGAAAUUAUAAUAAAACUAAUAGAAUCAUUUGAUUUAUAUCGGCUGUGCGCGACAAUUGAAUCGUGUUGCUAAAGGAAAACGAUUCUGAGCGAUGUUCGGAUCGAACUUGUUAUAUGUCGCAGAUUUUCACGAUUUUUGAAGAAACACUCAAUUCGGCGAACCGGGUACUUACAAGAAUUUAAUCUUUUUUGUUUGAUUUUUAAUCUAGUUGCUGACCAUCAAAUUCGUUUUUUGAUUUUCUUUGUAGUUUUUUUAAUGAUUGAGCAAAACCGAAAAAUACGUAAAAAAAAAAAAGGAAAAUGAAUAUAAAUUAUUAUUUUAUUAUUUUGUUUUUUUGUUGUAAUUCAAGUUAAAAUAUUCGUAGAGACUUAAAGUGUUGACAGAACACUUAUAUUUACUUUUAUGGAUGUGGUAAAACUUUCCUGAUAAAAUUUAUAAUUUUAGAGUUUUUUUACGAAAUUUUUAUUUAGUAUUUUGUUUGUAGAUACUUUGUUAGACUUAAGAGGAAUGUUUGAAAAUUCGAUAGGAGGUUUAUUAUAAGUCGUUUUUAGUAGUCAAAAUGAAAAUUUAGUUUAACGUAGUUCGGCCUACCAAAACGUGUAUAAACGAACUUCGCUCCAAAUCGUUUUUCGUUAUCAAUGGUUUAUCGUUGGUUAUAGGUAUACAUAAAAUUACUUUAUGUAUCCCACCUUUCACACUACCCACCCACAACAGUGGCUGCACCCGUCCCCAGUAUCAGCUCUUUCAUUUUUUUUUUUUCGGUGAAUAUUUAAUAUGAUAAUGCAAUAUGUAUUUCAACGCUCAUAUGAUGGAAAUAAUAAAAAUAUUAAAAAUAAUAUAUAUAUAAUAAUGUUGAUUUUAAUUUUCAAACGAUUCUAUAAAUUAUUUAAACAAAUACGCGUAUACAAUUAAUAUUGUGAAAUAAAUAAAUAUAAUAUUCCGAAACGCUGUAAUAUGAAAAAAUCCACUUUUUGUAAAAGGUGGAUAUUUAAUAUUAUUAGGUGUUCGUGUAUUGUAAUACAUUACAAUAUUUCUGCAGGUGGGUGCGGGUGCAAAUAAGGAGUUUCGCGAUAUCGUAUACAUAUUUUAAUAAGUUGUAAGUACAAAUUCUCAUAUAUGUACAUACCAUUUUAAAACAUUAUAACAAAUACAGGUAUUAUGUACGCGUUUCGAACGCAGAUAUACCGCAAACAUCAUACGUAGGUAUAAUAUAAUAUUUAUAAAUAACGGAAGACGAUGAGUUAUGUGUGUAUUUUAUUUUGAGAAUUAAAAAUAUUUACAACGUUAUUUUAACCUCGUUUCUUUUGUCGAUUGUGCAACUUGCGCACAUAAGAUGCAAAUAAUUUGAUAUUUUUAACUACCUACGUAUACAACACAAGAUAGCCGCAGUAUUCAUCGCAAUAUAAUGCAAUAGGAUAAUAGAAAAUAAUAUUAUGUACGCGGUGAGAGGAAGUAGGGGUUGAGGGAAUUGGGAGUUCAUUCUCCCAGAUAUGUAUUUGUUUAUAAUACUAUUUGACAAUAUUUGUGUUUUCAUUUAAACCGGUAUUCGCGAAUACAAUUUCUAUUAAUCCAUUAUUACGUAUAAAUGUACUACUCGACAAGUACAUAAUAUUAUACAGAGUGAUUUUGUUUAUCAUGAACCAGCAUUUUUCUUGGAUGUUUUUCAGUGAAUUUGAUUGUGGAUUAGUUUGAGCUUUAUUUUAAAACUACUUUUAAUUUUUACCCCUACUCCAUAUACUUACCUUAAAUAAGUAUAUCAGUACUUUUGUUUUUCAAAUGCGAAUCCCACCCCUUUUUGAACAUAGAUUCGAAUAGAGAGUAUUUUUCUAGACAUUUUGGUAUGCAUACAAUUAAUAUCAGAUUUAACGUUUAUGAUAACUUUCCUCUGCUCUUUCGGUCUAAACUUAAAAUGGUUACUUAUAAUUUAUUCUUAAACGGUAAAUCUGAAAUUAGGUUUAUCCAUACCAACAUUUUUAAAAAAAUGUUUAUUCGAACCUAUAUUAAAAAUAUAUAUACUUAUUUAAGGUAUGUGGAUUAGGAGUAAAUAAUUUAAAAAUAAAAUUUAAACGAUUCUAUAAUCUAAAAAAAAAAAAACCAGAAAUCAAAUUCACUUAAAAUCCUAAAAAAAAUUGAUGGUUCAUGAUAAAAAUAAUUACUCUGUAUAAUAAUAUUUUAUAUUUUAUACUUGUAUUUUCGCCGAACCGAAUGUUAUAUUAUGAGAUUAUAUUAUAUUAUGUAAUGUUGUAUAAUAUAAUAACAUGGAUUAUUUUUGGAUCCCUCCGUCCCUAAAACUAAAUUUAAAUCAGGUCCGGGCCAGGAAUUGUCGGCUCGUGUAGUCCUUUAAUAUUUAACAAUAUAUAGAGAAUAAAUUAUAUAGGUAUACGUAUUUAUACUUUUAUAUCAAUUGGUCAUAAAUAUUUUAAAACACCAUUCUGACCGUUCCUAGAAAUAACAAUUUCCAUUAUAUUUUUUGUUUCUGUUUUUCUGUUAACUCGUGAUUUUCGACGACUAUUACCAUAUUAUUUAACAUUUAUAACCACGUCAAACAUAUUUCGAAAAUCUUGUAUCUAUAUAUUAUUUCUUGCUCAAUUAUAAUUCCAUUUUGUAUAUGCAAUUAUAUUUCGUGAUCUUGAAAAAUCUAAUAAAAUUAUUCAAAUCCAUGUAAGUACUUUCGUUAAUACUCCUACUAUAGCAAAAUGGUCACGAAAUCAUUAUUGGCCGUUUAUAAUAGUUAUUAGAACAAUUUGAAAUGACAACAGAAUAUUUAUAUUUGAUUCGCUAAUUUACAAAAUUAACGUUAGUUUUAACUACUAACUAGGUAAAAAUUACUAUAUAGUUAAAAUAGUUGUUAUAUUUUCUAAAAUUAUUAAUGUUAAUUUUUUUUUUUUUAAUAUUCGUGUAAAAAAUUCUAUUUUUAUUUCUAAAGAAGAUAUGAUGGUAUAUACAAUAAUAAUACUAUAUUUUGGACGCAAUGAUUGUUGUUUUCAAAUGAAAUACAAUAGACAAUACAUACCUGAAAUUAUUAUCCACUCAGGUAGACCUUCAAACUUAAUGACCACCCAGCGAGCAAAGAAUGUCUGUAUACUUAUUAUAAGAAUCAUAAUAUAUUAGAUUGGCUUGUGACUAAUAUUAUUUUAUUUUUUUUUUUAGCAAAUAUAUAUUUAGAUACAGAUUUAAGUCAACUUUUUAUAAUUUUGAAUAUAAGCAAAUUAAAUUUUAAAAAUACUUUCACUGUUAUCAUUUUAAGACAAAAUAGUUACACAAGACAAUGAAAAAAAUAUAAAAAUAAAAAAUGCCAAAAAUUGAUUUCUUCUCUGGGACCAAAGAAAUAUUUAUUAACAAUUAUAAUAAUAAUAAUCACAGUUUGAUACAGUAACGUAAUUAUAAAUUUAUCAUUAAGGGAAUGGGGAAGUCUAGAUAAUUUUCUCAGCGCAGUGCUGUGGGGGACAAAACAUCUACACUUCCCAACUUCCAUAUUCACCAAAAACUACACAGUUAUCAAUAUUCAAUAGUAGAAUCUAUUAUUUUUUGAAUAAAUCUGAAUUUUUCUAUCCAAUUAUAUUGAAAUCUAAUCUAUAUUUUGUUUAAUAAUAAUUCUAUGUGGUAAACUGAAAUUUACAAUAUUAAAACUAUUUAUAAUUAUAGUUCAUUUCGUUAAUUCGAAUACCUAUUGAAGCGUGAGAACGCUGUACAUAUUUUGUACGAGUAUAUGAUGAAUUGACAAAUUAAAUGUUCAUUACUAAAUAUAGGCUAUAUGUGUAAUCCAUGAGUAUGUAUAAUAUAUUAAAUAACUUUUUUUUUGACUUUGUGAGUUAGAAAAAUAUUAGUUUUUCAUUUACUUACUAAAAAUUUUAAUUAACUCUGGGGUAACAAAAUUACGAACAACUAUUAAAUUUUUUUGGUAACUAUAUACACAUAAAAAUUUAACACGAAGUAAUGGAUAUUAAUGAGGGGGAUAAUGGACUAUGGUGGAAAAAUAGUCUGAAUUCCAUGAGCUCUGUAAAUUCACUACUGAUUCAAUGAGAAAUCGUGUAGCUGGUAUCUCUCAAAUAAUUAUAGUUGAAAGUAUUACGAAAAACUACUUUGAAAAAGGAAAAUAGUAUAGGUUUUAUGCUGUUCUUAAAAAUGUAUCAAAAUACACAUAACAUUUAAUAGAUAAAAUUGUUUUGAUAAGAAUUAUGCUCAUUUUUACCUGGUACACUUAAAAUUUAAUUAGAGAUAAGGUUUCCUUAAAAUAAUUUUUUGCUGUAUGAAGUCUGUUAUUUGUAUAGAAUACUUUAAGGGUUACAUCGAAAUUAUGAAAAUUAUUUGGUGUUUACUAAAUAUAGUUUACCUAGACAGGUUUACCUGUAGGUAGAUGUUUAAACACUUCAGUUCACAGUUAUUGAAACUUAUAUGAAAAUCAUCAGUACCUAACCUAAAAAUGAUUAAGUUUACUGUUUGAAGUUGGGGAAGAAAACAACGAAAAUUACUUUAAGUGUUCCUCACAAAAGUAUUUUUAAAAAUCCAUGGUACAACAUAAUCAUAACCUCAUCUUAAUAACUUAACCUUAAUGAAGCUUAGCUAAAUUGAGUUUAAAUAUGAAUUGGUGCAAAUGGCCAUUAGUGACAAAAAUAUUAAAUUUGCCUAUUUUUUUUUACUCUUUCAAAGACGAUUUCAGAAGUAGGUGUUUUAUGAAACAAAUCGAAUGUACCUGGUACCUCCUAUACACAAAUAUUUUGACUCGUAUAUUUAUGAUAAAAAUACUAUAUAAAUAAUAUUCUUUAACUAAAACAUUCACAAUAAAUAUAUCUUUAUACUCCCUCGUAUAAUAUUAAUAUAUAAUUAUUUAUAUAUUAUAUACAUAUUAUGAUACGUAUAUAAAGAAACAAACGACUUUAUUUUCUGCUAAAAAUUAUUUUAAUAUUAUGUUUGCAUCGCAUUUAAUAUUGAAAAUGUUAUGAUAGGAUUUGCAUAACAAAAAAAAAAUAUAUAUAUAUAUAUAUAUAUAUAUUUUUUAACGUGUUCUCAGCAUAUUUGAAUUGAAAAACAAAUAAUAAUAGAAUACGUAAACAUAUACCAAUACUGGACACAUUAAAAGAAUUUGCGGUUUUUAAGUGGUAAUGAUUUUUGUAUACAAAUUAUACAAUAUAUAGGUAAGUACUCAAAAUUUGCUUUGAACAUGAAAUAUACCAAGCUUAUCUAUAGUGCGAGCCCUAACACGGGUAUAGGACAUAUUUAAUCCAGAUUGGCCUUUUUUUGCUUAACAGGUCUUAUUAGGGCUGUGGUUUGGGCUUAUAGGCUACAAUCUAUGAAGCUCAUACUUAAAUACGGCACUGCCGGGUAAUGUAAAUAGAAAAUAAGAUAAUUUAUUUUAACGUAAAAUGUAUACAUUAUUAUAUUAUUUAAAAGGAAACAAUGUAUAGGUUCUGUACCGUUGUGGCAAAAGCUGAUGUGCCAAAAUUAAAUUAUUUUAUUUUAAUACAAUUUGGGCAUUAUAUAAUUUAUUUGCAAUUUCUUUUAAAAGUUUAACGGAAUGUUUAUUAUUAAUUGAUGAUUUUUUGUCAUCAAUCGUCACGAUAACUAAUUUUAGUCGGUAGCUUAUCAAAUGUAUGCGUCGUCCAAUAUUUCACAUUGCUCUUAAUAUAAUAGAAUAAACAUUCACUAUGGUAUUUAAAGUCUAUAUUAUCGAUUUUUAAUUUUAAAAAUUACGUAAUUGUCAAUUAUGCGUAUUUGGUACUGUGUUUUCCGUUAGGAAAAAAUUUCCACUACUUCCAAACACUUGUCAUUUUUAAGUUUUUACCGUUUUUUAAUAUUGCAUCGAUUUGAAUAAUUCGAAAAUCCUUAAUAAACUUUAACAAAUAAACAAUUUUUUUUUUAAUAUUACCUCUAUAACUCCGUCUCUAAUUUAUAUUUAACUCAUAUAAUAACACUCAACUCAUUCAAACUUUGAAAAUUUAAAAAAAAAAAAAUAUGAAUUACUGGAAGAAAAUAUUUUUGUAUCUAUAUGAAAUCUUGAUUUUAUAUUUUUGUUAUUACAUAAUCAAAUAAUUGUCUCGUGAAUAUUUCUUCCGAAACGUUUAAAUUUCUUAUCAUCUCUAUUAGUUUUAUUUCAUUAAAAUACUGCCGAUAAACACAGUUAUUAUACGUGUCCAUUUAAUUGUGUUGUAUUUGUCAUGUUAUUCAUAAAUGAAUGAUGAUGAUAUUUUAAAUAAUAUUUGUUUUUGAGUUUUAUAGUAACGCCGUAACAGUUAUAUGUAGCUUACAAAAUACAGUUCUCUGUACAUUUUUAUACUUGCCAGUUAAACACUUUAUAUUACAUUACUUUACUUUAUAAACAUCCUGUAUUUAAUUGAUAAUUUGAUAAUCCAAUUUAUCAAAUUAUUUUCGUCAACUAUAUUAUGUUUAAAUGUAUAUUGUAUAAUUUAUUUUUGAAAUAUUUUUAGUGCAUUUUUCGAAAAAAAUUCGAAAUACGCCAUAUUAAAAGCAUAUAAAAUGAGUGAGCAUUCCUAACAUAUCAUAUUGUAUAUUUAUAUUAUUUACUAGGUAUAAUAUUAUAGAAAAGUACCACUGUUCGAUAAAAUUUAGACGAUUUACAGUCUUAAAGAUAUUGGUUUUUUAAAACAAAAAAUUGAGAAUUACAUAUUAUAAUGAAACCGACUGUAUAAGUGACAUCAAAUUUCUAAGGACUGCUGUAUUACAUGAAAAUUCAAUGUCCAUACAUGUCGCGAUAAUUACUUAUAAUUUUUGGUGCUGCCGAAAACGCACUAAAAAUUUUUUCGGAGUCCUCUAAACAAAUUAUACAAAAUCUCUCAAAAUUGAUAUCACUGUAGUAGACAAACUUUACUCGUAGAUGUAUGUAAACAAAACAUUAAAAAGAUCGAAACAUUUUGGAGAGGGAAAUAACGCUGGUUGGAAACGCUGGAUGAAAAUCGAAUUAAAUCAACGAAAUAUAAAAUAUUUUUAAAAAAAUGUUUAUAAAUGCGUAGAAAGUAUGCAAAACAAAUUUAUCAUAUUUUAUAAAUUAAUACAUUUUCCUCGUGUUUCGUUUCCAUCUUUUCCAUACAUAUUAAUUACUAUUAUUAUUAUUAUUGUCGUCUAUUUUGAUUUCGAAAACGGUUACACGCAAACAUUAGGAACUUGUGUAUAAUUAUAAGUAUACAAUUUUUUUUCCGUGAAUAAUUAUAUUUAAUCGAGUGCUUGUACAUUUUUUUUAUCGUCUUGAAUUUCACAAUACAAUACCGAACCCGUUUAUCUGAGAAAAAAAAAUAUCGUAACUUCUAUUUAUAUAUUAGAACUCCGGUUAAAAGAAACGACGUGAUAUUAUUACCACUAUAACACGCAAACUACAGCACAAAUGGCAAUUGACGACGCAAUUGAUUUUUUCGCUUUCGGCGUUUCUCACACGAGCACAAGACACAAUAAUAUAGUAUGGGUAACCACCGAACGCUGCGGAUAUUAUAUUACAUUUGGAUAAUUAUAUAGAGUACCUAUUAUACAUAUUUUAUAACAACACCGGAUAACUAAAUUAUAUCUAUAAUACACACAAAUAUUUAAAUAUACCAUAUUAUACUAUACAGCAUGUUCUGUACGGAGUAUUUUAAUUUAUUAUUGAACAACCGCCGUGACUAUUAUGGAAACAACAAUAAAAUAUUUAUGCUUAAGGUCGCGUACAACUUUUCAUUACUUGUAUAUUUAACGAUGUUACUGGAUAUUUUUUAGUAAAUAUUCACUUCGUUUUCACUCCUCGUCUUCCUCGCAAAAAGUUAAUGAGUAGAUCGACCAAACCUACUCAUUCGCUUUUGGACUGUCUUCAGUUACCUUAUCUCCCACACUUGAAAAAAUUUCCUUCAUAAAAUAUAAUGUUUUGUUUGAGAAUCUAUUAAUUCAAUAGUUUAUCAUAUACUUUUUAGUGGACACAGAGUAAGUAAGAGCUUCUCUACUGGUUUCCCAAUAUACUUUACUGUACCCAUGUCGAAAAAAUAUUAACUCCGAAAAUUCCAAAUAUGCUCUAAAUAAUUAAGAAAAUUAUAUUUUAAAGAAAUCGAAAAAAAAAAAAUAAAUACAAUUUCUCAUUCUCAUUCAAAAGUACAUAAAACGAAUUUGUAACAAUACGAGCAUUGCACAGCGAGCUUUGAAAAACAAUCCAAAGCGUAGAUAAGUCCUAACCCUAUUUAUGAUACUAUGUAAUUUACAAUUAUUGCAGGUCAGUGGGUUGUUGAUUUACUAAUCCAAUCGGAUAAAAAAUAAUUCAUAAUAUUGAUUAUCGUAAUCAUAUAGUUACCUACAUAAUUUCUGUUUUAAAUAAUUAAAAAUGAACAGGCACCAAAAAAGCAUACAAAAUUGUUAUACAAAUGUUACCAUCAUAGAAAAAAUAUUAUUUUGUGAUACACUCAUAGAACUUUUAGUUUCGGGAAGACCAAUGUUUAAAUUUUUAAUGUGCCUGAUUCAGAUCUAUAAUUUAGCAAAUCUCAAAAUUUAAUGAACGUUCAAUAAAUCAAUAAACAAUUGAAUGAUUCAUUUUAGAGCUGUAUCGGUUCGUUUAAUGAAUGAUUAUGCAACCCAACAUUAGUCAGUCUGGUAAUAAUAUAAGAACUAGACUUCCGUCACCCAAUUGGCUGAACAUAUUGCAAAGACCUAACAAAUAUCUGAUUAAUUCGUCAUAUGAUUAUUUUAAAAUUAUAUAUUUUUUAACGAGAUAAACUCUAAUUAACCCUAUAGUCUGUUGCAAUUUGUCGAUACAUUUUGAAACUAUCAUAUUUAUUUGAAUUAACGUUUAGUAAAUAAAUAUAAUUUCAGUUAUUAACCAGUCAUACCGAGAAUAAAGACCGGUAGUUGAAUAAUAUUGAUAAAGUUUAAAUUACAGUUAAAAAAAUAAGAUUUAAAUUUUGUUUUAUUUUUCUAUUCAAGUUAAUCAUAUAUGAUAAUAAACGAAAUUAUAUUCGAACGAUCUUUUCAAUUAUCACUUGUUAAAAAAUGUUCACUGCUUUGUUUUUGUUUUAACACGAUACUAUACACACCAUUUAAAAUCCAUUCAUUAAUAUUAAUUAUUAUAUAACUAAUAAUGGUCUGGUAUUCAUAUUAAAAUUGAUUAAACCGUGCCCAAAAUGAUUGUCGCUUUUUUUAAUGAAAUUAAAAACUGUAUUUAAAGGCCCAUAACUGUUAAUCUUUGAUAUACGUAUUUUAUGAAAUAAUAAUAACGAUUGAUGUAUAACGAUGUAUCUAUUUGUUGAUGUUUUACGAUAUAAUCAAUUAUAAAUAGUUUAAAAAAUAUUAUAGGGAGUUUGUACCUAUACACAGUAAACACCUAUCGUAACGUCCUAUCCCCCCGCGGAUCCACAAAUGUCAAUUUUUUAUUUUUAUUUUUAUUUUAUUUUCUUUGAGAACAGGAUAAUAUUUUUUUUUUUUUACAAGUUACGAAUUGAUUUUUAUUUUAAUCACUUAUUAUAAUAACCUAUGCGACUAUAACUAUAUGUCAUACAUUGGUAGGUUCGUUGAAAGUUAUAACUAAUAAUAAGUAUACGGGUCAUAUGUAUGGGUUAUAGCAAAUGAUAGUAGGUGGGUCCGUGGAAAGAUACUGUGUAGAGUUUACGGAAAUAAUAUUCUUAAUAGGUGUAUAUUAUUUAUAAUUUGUAAUCGAUGUCAAUUAUGAAAUAAGAUAUAAGAUAAUACGAUUAUUAAUACGUGAAAUUCACAGACGUAUAUUGAAUUAAUAUUAUAAAAAAAUACAUUACGUUUAAUGUAUUAAUGCAUCAUAUUAUAUUCAAUAUCGGCACACGUUUUAUUAAUUAUAUUUUCUAGAUUUAUAAUACAUAGAUUUAGUAUAUUGUAUACUCGUAUACAUUUCAACCAUAAUAUUUCACAUAAUUGUACGGUUUUCUUCACAAUAAAUUUUAAUGUAAAAAAUACCUGUUUGUUUAUCUAUAUAAUUGACUUAUAUGAAAACGUAACUAUACGAGUAUAUGCAUAUUUUAAUAAAAUAAUUAUUUAGCGACACAUUACGAAAUUUAACGUCGUAUAAUAUGGCAUCUAUCUGUAUAAUAUAACUUUAAUGAGUUCCGUGUUCAUGUAUAAAUUAAAAAUUUGACGGUAUAAGAUAUUCUUAUUAUGUUGUUUUCAUUCUGGAUGCAAAAUUGUUUACUUAUCCGUUUGAACCCAGCGGUCAUCGUUUACCAUCGCUGUCAAAAAAUCGUAUACAAUUUGCACAUCAACAGCUGAUUAUCAUUUGCAUCAUCUAUUUACCUGCUUAAAAAUAUCAUAAAUCUUACAUCAUUUGCGCACAAUAUCGAACAAUGUGCUGUCUGUGUCUUAUAAUUACAUGACUUGACUAAUUUGCGUUCAACAGGACCAAUUUUGUGUUAGUUUCAAUAUUGAAGCGAAUUGGUCAAUUAUGAACUUUGUUGGUAAAAAAAAAAAAAAAAAAAUUUAAUACGUUUGUACGCCGGAUUUAUUCGAUGCCUAUUUUACAUAUUAAGCGACACAAUAGCGUGUUUUUAAAUGCAAAUACUCACAUCUCGCUUGAAAAUUAAAAUAUCGAGAAAAAACUGACGUAAAAACAAACAAACGUAAAUUCACUUUAUUAUUAAAAAUAACAGCAAAAAAUUGGUCCUGCUGAACUCAAAUUUGCUGUGCUAUACGUUGGCAAAACUGAGACAACACAAGUAGGUAUCACGUCCUCUUAACCUGUUGUGCAAAUUAUGGGUACAGAUGAUGGUGAUUUGCCAAUAUCUUUUUCUUUUAGAUUCAUAAAUCACAAUCAUAUUGUAGUACUUUGUUAUUUAGUAUUUAUAUACAACCAGUUUUAUUUUGUAUUGUGUACCUACAUAUUUCCUACCCACGUAUAGGUUUACCUGUAUUACUAUUUAAUUUAAUCCAUAAGUUCAGGAUUUUUUGUUUACUGUUUUUACCUAGAUUGUUUUUUUUUUUUUUUACAUGUAUUGUAAGAUCAUAUAUACCAAUAAUUUUCAAUACGAAGAACGUGUCCUAAAUAGUUAACAACAAGACCGAGAAUAUUAUAUUAUAGUUUUUUUUAAGCGUAUUACUAAUACAUUUAAGGGUUCAUUCCCACGUCGCCGACUCCCAUUUUGCCGAAAAUAUUUUCUUUUGUUAAUAUUUACCUGUGACGUACGUUGCUUGAAGUACAUCUACUCAUGACUCCUUCCCACUAUGUAUAGCUCAUGUUAAAACAACUCGUUUUAGUUGUCGUUUUUCCAAGGAUUACACUAGUUUUCUUAAAUUGUUGCUGCACUAAACUUAAAUUAUGAAAAUAAUAAGAAAAAUUCUUCUGAACAUCUAUCUAAUCGUUGAUUACCUAUUUUUAUUAUCAACAGUUUUUGUAUUUUCGAUAAUACUAAAUUUAUAUAUUUACUUUAGCUCACGUUGCGAUUGUGGCGUUAGAAUUUCUUCAGUAAUAAUAAUUUUAUUGCGACAACAAUAUUUCAAUUCAAAAUAAUAAUAUAACCGGUUUAUUUGUCGACAAAAUGGGAGUCGGUGUCUUGGGUGUAUACACGCAUUUAAAUACGACUCGUAACAAUAAAUACACUGUAAUGAUGUAGGUAUACCUACCUAUAUGUUAUACAAUUAUAGUAUUAAUAGUCAUAUCAUAUUUUAUUAGCUAUUAUUAAAUAUUAUUUGUUUGUUAAUCAUAAUACGGAAACAAUAUUCUAUUAAAUAUUUAUUAGACGCCACUUUGUAAUAACUAGAACAGUGGGAGGGGGAGGCAGAUAGAGAAAGAUAUUUAAAUGGUUAUUAUAUAUAAGUAUCCCCGUUAUCCACUUAAACUACUUAUUAACUUUUUUUCCUAAGAGGGGAGAAAAAUGUUAAAUAUAACAAAAAUUCUAUAAUUUCUGUCUGCAUAAAUCUUUAGCAGAGUCAUUAAACGUAAAGCACCCAGGGCUGUAGUGGAAGUAAUAUACGGUAGUAUACGGUGUAUACCACCGUGUACCUGAUCGUUACGAAUAAAUACUGUAUACCUUCAGGUUAUAGUCGUAUGCUCUCUUUCAUAGUAAAAUCACAAAAUAUAUUAUACAAAUAUUAUCAUAUUAUUAUAGUUAUUAUUUUAAUUUGUUCUGAUUACGAAAACAUGAGUUAUUUAUUAUUUAUACCCUCUACUAAAACAUUAGGUUAGACAUUACACUUAUACCUAAUAAUGGUAUGGUUAUAACUUAUAGUAUAUAUCCUCUGCUUUUGUACGACUACAAAAGUACGUAUAUAUUUAUGGUUUUUGACAUGAAUGAAAGUAAGUCUAGAGAGUGUAUACAAAGUAAUCAAUAUAACAUAAUACACUAAUUUAUUGUAUUUCGGGAAGUAUUAACUUCGUUAAAAUUUUUUUUUCUUUUUUCUCUUAAAUUUAAGAAACAAGCAGCUCUAAAAUGUUACAUUAAUGUUAUUUUUGGAUGGAUAACCCAUAACAUACUUUUGGUGUUGACAUUUCCAAAAUACUUCACAUUUAAGUUAGUUAUUUUAUGGUUAGGGGUUAAGUAGCGGCGCAUUAUAUAUGUGUAACGGCAUGACGCACAGUGGUUGAAUCGAAAUUUAACUUGCCUAAAAGUCAAUUUUAAAAUUAUGUUUAAAACCAUAAGAUUUAUGUUAUGGAAUUAUUGAUAAUUAUAAGUAUACUAGAGAUAAUUUAAUGCUUAUCAUACGUUUUACCCAUCACAAACCUAAUUAAAUAUCCAGAUAAGUAUAAAUAUAGUAUAUAAAACUGCAUUAAUAACAAUUUCAGUGCCAUACGGUAAUCUCGUUUAAAAAGGAAAGUGUAGGUGAAUUUGAAUUUUUUUUUUUCUAAUAUGAAUUCUACAAAAUAAGGUAAGACCAUUGUUAUAGCUUUUAAAAUUUAUUUGUACAAAUUAUUCAAUUUUGAAUCUGGAAAUCUUACGUUAUUCUUAUAUUUAUUAAUUAUAAAAGCGAAUAACUUAUUAUUUAUCAUUUUUGUAUAGUAUAUAUAAAUUAUAGUAGAACUUUCAAGCUUUUUUCAGAUCCAUAAGAAUUUUUUUCCGGUAAUACCGGAAAUAUUGGUUUUUAUAAAAUAAUACACUCUUUAAAUUUAUACAGCGUUAUAUUUUUAUUUUUUCUAUAUCAUAUUGUAGUAUUAUCGUUACUUUUUUUUUUCUAUUUAUUUUUAACGUGUAUAAUAUACAGUAAAACUUCCGUUAACGGUCACCUCUGUGUAACGGUAAUUUUUUUUGGUCCCGUCAAAUAUUAUGCUUCUAUAGGAAACUUCUAAAGGACGAUCACCUCUAAAAAGCAGUCAUUAUUUCCGGUCCUUUCGGUGACCGUUGUAUGGAAGUAUUACUGUAUUACAAUAUUAUUAUUUUGUAAGAAUUAGUAAUGUAUUGAAAGAUCAAAAUAAAAUAAAUUUAACUUGUGGUUAUUUAUUAGAACUGUUGCGAAAAAAGGACCAUUAAAUCCAACUAGGAAUGAAUCUAGGAAAUAUUUAGUUGAAUUAAUAAAAAUAAAAUACAUAAUGUUCGUAUAAUUUUAUAGAAAAAGUAGAUUAAACAUAAUAAACAUUGUAAUAUAUUUGUUCAAAAAUAAAACCAAUGGCUCAAAAUUAUUUUGUAUAGUUAUUCAUUUGGAAUUAGGAUUCAGCACCUUUUAAAACAUAUACAUUUAUAUGAAAAAUACAAAUAAUCCAAAAAUUUAAGAAGUAUCCCAAAAAGCCCCCCUUUAGGCCUAAAGCAUAAAGUUAGUUUAUUUGAAAAACGAAUGCGAAAUUUGGGUUCAGCACUCUUUAAAACUUAUAAAUUGAUAUAAAAAAUACAAAUAAUGUAAAACUUCAAAAAUACCCCCACACACCCCCCUAACUUAACAGGUUAUUUGAAAAAUGAAUAUGAAAUUUGGAUUCAGCGUCCUCAAAACUAAUAGAUUUGAUGUAUCAUACUACCUUAUAAGUUAAAAUUUAAGGGUAAUUAAUUUAGGUAAACUAAAUACGAUUCAGACCACUGAGCGGCGUAGGGCAUUUGUUCCACUACUCUCCCCAUAACCACAAAACAACGAAGUUAAAAGUGCAACGUCUCGCCAAUGGAUGUACGGAAAUUAAACAUUUCAAUACCAAAACUUAUCUAAACGAAUACUUUAUCUAUUUAUGAAAUUUUAAUAUAGGUAGGUUGCUAUUUGUAAAUCAAAAAUGGGUAGUGGUUUCACCUUCAAAAAUAAAAGUAAUGUCACAUUUUAGAGCUGUUUGUUUCUUACAAUUUCUAAAAAACCAACACUGAAAAAAAUGUAUACUAUUCCGAAAUAAUGAAUAUUUUAUUACGUCAUAUAAAUUUGUAUUAUAUAAUUUUUCAUCGUCUUUAUUUACUUACAUUAUAAUUUACAAUUACCAAUAUAAUUUCGUCUUAAACUAAUUACUAUAAUAUAUUAGAGGAGUCCUUAAAUAGGAUAUAGAGUUGGAUAGUCGUCAUUUGGUUCAAAAUGUUAAACAAAAGUUUCCCUAAUUUAUUUGGAUUUUAAUUUUAUUCCCUUCGUCUCCUUGUUUCUACGUUGAAUUUCCAUUCGUAAUAAGAAAAUAUACUUAUUUAAUAUCGUAUCAGAAAUAUAACGAACCUCACCUAGUAUUUCAAUUGGCUAGAAAAAAUACAAGUCCCGGUAAAUUGUUGAAUGAAUUUUAAAAUAACAUAAAAACCGAUUUUUAUAAAACAUAAUAAUAAAAUUAAUUUUGUUUUUUGUAGGAGAAAUACCGCAAAUAAAUAUCUACUAGCGCAAUACACCAUAUACAAUUUUUCCCCAACAUUCAAAUGUCUUCUUUUAAAGUUAUAUAUAUUCUAUUUUCAUAAGAUUCUAAACCGCUAGUACACUGCACUCGGAACAUGUGUCGAAUUAUGAUUUUUUUAAUUUAAUGAUUAAUUGAAUGUGAGAACAGGGAGACGAGAAUGAAAUAAAAAACCAAACAAAUCAGUCAAAUUUAAAAUAAAAACCUUAUAAUGAUCACCCCAAUAUAAAUAUCCUAUAUUACUUAUCAAAAUUGUUUAAUUAGCGUGAUCUUUAUAUAAAUAUCUAAUUGUAUUGUUUCUAUAGUAUGACUAAUACAAUACAAUUUAAUUGUAACUACUAAAAUAUGAUGUGAUACAUAUCAUUUUAACUUCUAAUAAUAAUUGUUUAUUUUAAUUCAAUGAAUAUAAUUAUUUUAUUUUGUACUUAAAUACUUAUGCCGACUAAACGAUCAUAUUAUGUAAGGAAAAUGAUAUAAGAACAAGAAAGUCGUCGUGGCGUUUAAUCACAGUCGGUCGACAAAUUAAUCAAUAUAAAAAUAAUGUUACUUUCAAUUGAUGCGUAUUGAACUCUUGACGUUAAUUACUUUCAAUAAAUCUUAAGUAAAAAUAAAUUUAUUAAAUGGAAAACGUUUAAAUACGAAUAAAAAUAAUAUAGUAGUAAUAAAAAUGGUAAAGGACUUUAAUAAAAAAAUCAAUCAAAUAACAUUAAUAAUUACAAAUUUAAAAUUACAAUGUUGAUAUGGUGUUAUUAAUAUUAAUUGUAGGUACCUGCUUAAGUACUCCUUAAUGUGUUUAAUUCGUAAUUUGUUUAGAUUUGUAAAUAACAUAUAUUAUUAAUUAUAAACAUUUGUUUACAGACACAAAAAAAAAUAACUAUCAUAAUAAUAAUAAGCACACAUAGUAAAACCAAUACAUUCCUUACUACGCUCAGAAUAUAAAAUUAAAUAUAUACAUUAGACAUAUUAAGAAUAAUUCUUGUCACCAUGUUGUUAUCUGCUGGUUUUUUGUAUUAUUAAGAUAACCAUAUUUGCUUUGAUUUUGUUUUUUUGUUUUCAUAUUUGUAAUUUAUGUUAGGAGAACCCCCCCCCUUUUGCCCUUUUGCCAUUAACUUGCUUAAGAGAUGGGUAAUCAACUCAUGUAUUGUAUCGUAUUCGUCUCUAUAUCUUGUUACCUUUGUUAAGUUGAAAUAAAAUAAAUAAACAAAUAAAUUCAAUAAUAUAAAUUUAGUAUAAUAAUUUAUUAUUGACGUAAUAUAUUAUGUACUUCGUUAUUAUAUUAUGUAAACCUGAAUAAAUAAAAAAAACUACAUAUUUAUUGAGUUUUAGAUUUUGAGUGUAAUGAAGAUGCUAUUAGUUUUACUGAGAUAUGUGUUUUUCUUUUACGUAAAACAUUUAACAUCAGUAAAAAUGUCAUACUAUACCCUAAAAGAUCCAGAAUUUUUUAGAUCAAAGCAGGUACUCUAUUAGAGUGAGCAAUAUUAACUUAUUUAUAUUGAAUUAUUGUACUGAUAUAAUAAUAAUCGUGUGUAUGUAACCGAGUAAAUCCUCGAUAACGUAGUAAACAUAUAAAACGUUUUAACACCCAGGAAUUUAUUUGACUAGGUUCGUACUAACUACGUAGUUAUGCACAAGCCAUAAUAACAUUCUGGAUGAGCAGCAAAGAAAACAGAAGAAGGACGCACGUGCCCUUUCUUCACGCUGAAACUUCGGUUCGAUUCUUAUAUAGGUAUACAAAUCUAUGUAAAUAUUAUUAUUAUUGUAAUACUUUUGUACACAUAGAUGUUAGUAAAGUUGCAAUCUUGCAGUAGUCGCCCAAAUCGGGACCACGUGUGCCUUAUGUAUUUAAGAUAUUUUACUGGGGGGCGUUCGAAAAUUCAACUCUUAUAGCUUUGGUUUUAAAAUAAACAUAUAAAAUCAUAAUCAUAUUAAAAUUAUAAAUAAUAAAAUAAUAAACUAAAAACAAAAUUAUUAAAAUGGUAAUACUCGUAAAUAAAUGUAUAAAUAAAAAAUGUAUGUAUAAAAAUAAAAAUAAAAUAAAUUAAUAAAUACGUCGCCUAGAGUAUUAUAAUAAUUGUAUACAUUUUAGAUAAUAAAUAAUAACCAAAUUACUUAUAUGUCUUAACAUAUCUAUGUAUAAUAACAAUCCAUUUUAAAUUAUCUCUCCUAUUAAAAUAAAUUAUUUCUAUGUAAAACAAUCAAUUUGUAUAAUUUUUUUAUUCAAUGUAUUCCUUCAUUUUUAUAGUCAGUCGCAUUUUAAAUUUUGACUGCGAUAUACCUGAUGAUGAAUUUUUAAUUCGAAACCGGUCGUAUAAUAUUUAUAACACUUAUCAUAAUACUCCAGGCGACGCAUUGAUUCAUUUAUUUAUUUUAUUUUUAUGUAUACAUUUUUUUAUUUAUAUAUUUAUUUACUAUAAUUCAAUAAUAAUAACGAACUAUAUAAGUUCGUUACAGAAAAAAAAUGUAUAGCUCUUAAAAUUUAAAACGACUACAACCACCGUUCGAUAAUGUAGAGUUAACUCUUAUAAGUCCAGAACAUAGUUAUAUUAUUCUAAGUCUACUGCAAAACUGCAAUAAUCAUGUUUACCAUAAAAUUAUGCAUAUUUUUAUUUUCUGGUAAACAUUUAAAAAAGGUCAUUAAAUUGAUUGUGAAAAAUUCUUCACCAUUCUACUCUGAUUCUAGUCUACAUUCAAUAUUACUCUACUUUUAAUUAUUGUUUGCAUAUUUUAUUACAGAAAUACAAACAUUUAACUAUAAUCUUAUUUGAUAUCGUAUUAUAAUCAGGGCCAUAUUAACCAUUGGGUACUAUAGGCACUGUGCAUAGGGUCUACGAGAAACAAACGGUUUACGAAAGGAGGAUUAAAGCCCCCCCCCCAAAAAGACUAUAUAAAAUGUAUUAUUGAAUUUUAGUAUAAUUGCAACGUUUGUGCGACGCACUCAGUUAUGUGAUAAGAAAUGUAUUAUUAUUGUUAUUUUUAGAUUAGUGUCUUGUUAUAAUAAAUUAUAUAUUAUGCAUUCUUAAUUAUUAAUAUUUACAAAUUAAUAAUAAUUGGUAUACGGUACAUUAUAUGCACAGUAACUCGAUAAAAAUUGUAUUCAAAAGUAUACAAUAUACAUGUAAACUUAAUACAAUAUGAAAGGCGAUUUUUUCAAUCAGUGUCUAUAAAGCCUAUGGAUGGCCUAAUCCGGCUCUGAUUAUAAUGCGUACGAAAAAUUGAAAAAACAGUAUAAUAAAGGGGAAACAAAUUUUAAAGAAAUCACGAUGUGACAAACAAAUUUUUCUUUUGUGGUAUAUAGAAAAAAAAAUGUCCAUUCGAUACAAAAAGGUCACCGGUGAAAUGUUUGUUUUACUAUUUCUGAUUUACGGGCUACAGCUAUCUGUAAAAUAUCGACGGAAAAAUUCCACAAGGUUUAGUCUGUACAAUAAUAUGUAACAAUAAAUAAUUUCUUUGAACGAAUUUUUAUUCCAUAUUUUUUUUUUGUAUAUAUGUUUACAGUGAAUGUCCGCAGUGAAUGCUGACAGUCACCGGUUAAUGUCGCCGUACACCAAAGACAUUGGUGAAUGUUGACAUAUUGCUUAAAUUUAUACCGGUUGUAAACAUUCACUAUUAAACUUCAAGAUUUAUAAACAAAUAUAAGGAUAUUGAUGAAUGUUGGUUAUGCCGAUAUUGUUUUCUUUAAAUGUAAUCUAAGGAUAACGGAAAAAUAAAAAUAAUAAUACAGUAUUAUUAAUAGAAUACUAUAAUAGUAGACGUCAUACUCCAAGUACUUAUACAAUAUUCGGUAUUGUAUGAGUUGAUAAUAAAUUUUGAUAAAAUGUAUUAUUACCUUGCCCAACUACUUGCAUUGUACUUUUACUAUACUAUUGAUUUGCACAAUAACCAAACAAUUUUUUUUAAAUGGAAAAUAUAGGUACGUGAAGUAUUUUAUAACACAUUUAAUAAUUUACUAUCUAAUAAAAGAUAUGAUAAAAUUUAUUUUCUAUUUACUAAAAAAUAUAAACUUUUAAUUAGUAAAGUGAACAUUAUUUCUUUGUUACACAAAACAAAAUUCUGAAAUUUUAAAUUAAUCGAAUUCUUCAAUUGGUGGGCAAAGGUUACUCGAAGCAACUGCAAAACAAAAUGCACCAUAAACAAUUGUGGUUGUAGAAACGUUACCAUUUUAUGUAGUAUAAAAUGUCAUGACAGUUUGUCAUGUUGCAAUAAGUAGAACUAUUUACCCCGUUUUUUUUUUUUUUAAAAAAAUAACAAUUUUUGUUUAGUAAAAUAGUCAUAAUUUAAAUAGGUAAUGGUAAUGGUACAAGUAUAAUAUUAUUUAAUAAUAAUGAUUCAUUGAUACAUUUGGACAUGUUGUACCUAUUUUAUAUACAGUGAAACAUUUUUUAACGAAAAACUCUAUGUAACGUACAUAUUACUUAAUAAUGAUUGGUUUGCUUUAUAACCUAUGUAUGAGUUUUUUAACCUUCUCUAUUGCGAAAACUCUCUAUAACAAAAGAAAUCUCUCGGUCCCUUAAGAUUCGUUAUAAAAAGUUUUCACUGUAUGUCAACAUUGACCAAAAUCCUGAUAUGAAUGUCAAUAUUCACUAGUAAAUGUCUAAUUUGUUUUAAUUAUUCAACAUCCACUAAUUUUCGAGGUAUAUGUCGACAUUCAUUAUGUGAUUGUCAGCAUUCAUCAAUUGAGGACAUUCACAGAAACAUAACAUACAUACCUAUACAUAAUAUAUAUAUAUAUAUUAUACUUACCAAUUUUUUUUUUCAAAUUAUUAUUUUUUAACAACUUUAAUACAACGACAACAAUAUUACUACAUAAUUCGUAGUACUCCGGGCGAGGGGACUCGGUUUAGAAGAAGGAGAAAAUAAAAAACUACGACUCGAAUUUAAUAUUGAAAUAUUACUGCGUACUUACAACCAAGGGUGAUGAUAAUGAUGUCUUCGAGGAAUAUAAUAUAAGUAUAUAGUAUUAUUGUACUAGUACCUAUGUAGUUAUUAAAAAAUAGUGUAGGUGUUUUAUUUAUUUUUUUUUUCGAAUCAUACCGGUUUUCUUCCCACCACCGCCACCGACGCAGGUGCACGAGCAACAGCGAGCAGCGAUAGUUGUGCCCUACCAUUACUACUACUAAAAAACGAAAAAAAAAAAAUAAUAAAAAUAAUAAUAAUACGUUUUACACGUAUUAUAGGUACGGCGGCGUAGAGUUUUUGUUGAAUGAACGCACACACGCAAUAUCAUUAUCGAUGAUGUUCGAAAUCGGAUCCCGAGUCCCGAACCGGCGCGCGUGACGGUUCAGUGUCGUCGUGUCUCCGCCGUCGCGUUGUAGUCGCCCGCCGUCCUGUAGCUGUCCCGCGUCAUCGUCCCGAGCGCACGUUUCUUCCAAGACGUGUACGGUCGUACCGGUAUACGUUCGUGGUAAUAGUAAUACCUACGUACUAAUAUCGACAUAAGGUACCUACAAUAUAAUAAAAUAUACAAUUCGAAGUUAAUUUUUAUUUCAUUAGUAAAAAAAAAAAUAUCGAAAAACGUGUUUUACAAGUGAAAAUACUUGAAAAUAUAACAAUAAAUAGCACGAGAGUCGAGAAUACGAUUAAAGUAUAUUGUUAUUAUUAUAAUUAUUAUAACACUCCGGGCUGAGUAAUGUUUUCAUAUUUAUUUUCUUUAUAUUAUAUACGAGCGUCUAAAGGCUGAAAUCUCGAAAAUUAGAUAAAAUUAAACAUUUCCGUUCAACCGAUUUUGUGCUACAUGAAAUAUUAUAAUUUAAACAUAUUUGUAUCUAUAAUUAAUAAGUACAUCGUUAAAAAAACUAAUGUACAAACACAAACAAAGCUUUUACCUAUAAGUUUGACAAUCUGUCAAUUCAUUCUAGUACUAAAAGUAACAGCACAAAUUGCUGAACGGAAAUUUGACAUCAUCCAAUUUUAAACAUAAGUCGUAACUCGUAACACACACACACACAUAUUUAUACGUUAUUGUUUUAUUUAUUAAUUUUGCGAAUUAAGAUACCUAUAUUUUUUUUCAUCCGCCCGGUUUUCGGUUUAUUGUAAAGUGAUUGGACUAAUUAGACGGAGCUCGGGAUUUUAUGCAAACGAAUAUUUGUUUGGUAAAUAUACAAUAUAUUAUUGAUAUCGAAAAAUAUUUUAAUAUGUUAAAAAUCGUUUCGUGUUUGUUAUCCUGAUUCUAAAUUUUUAGCGCAUAUUAUUGCAUACAUAUUUUGGCCUUUUUCUUCAUAAUACAUAAAUGCAUGUUAUUUUUGACGUUUUUCGACACGUACCAGAUAAAUCUAGGUUCCAAUUUAAUUUACACGAAAAUCGAAUUUGUCAAUUCAAUUUUAUUAAAAUAAUAUAUAUAUAUAUAUGUACACAGGGUGAUUUUUUCAUUAUCUUUUCAAAAUAUAUGGAGUAGGGGUAAAAAAUUAAAAUUAAGCUUAAACGAUUCCAUAAUGAUUAGAAAAAACAGAAAUCAAAUUCACUUAGAAUCCUCUGAGAUAAUUUCUUGUUCAUGAUAAAAAAAAAUUACCCUGUAUACAAUAUAAUAAAUGUUUUAGAUUCGGAUCAUAGCCAGGGAUCUUAAUUUCGAAUUGGUUUUACUACGUGUGUUUUUUUUUUUUCUGUGAGCAACUUUUCUACUAGAAAUGUUGCUACAAUGUAUCUAGUGUAGCAACUUUUCUAAAAAGAAAUUUUAUUUAGUUGCAAAAUUGGGUAGAUAACUUUUUUAUUUCCCAAAAGGUUUUAAUAAUAAUCAUCAUAAUCGGGAAAAACCGGAAACAAAAUUAUAGGGUAAACUGCAAAUAUUUACGCUACGCUACGGUGUUACCGGUUUUAUUGUUUUUAAUUUUUUCAAGUUUUCUACUAAAAAUAUUGCCUUUAUCAAAAAAUUUCUAUUGACUAUUUUUGUUGCUCACAAAAUAAGUCGACUUUUGAUUCUCGAAACAGUUCGUAAUAAUUGGGAAAACCCAAAAAAAGACGAAAAAUGAAAACAAACAAAUUUAAGGCGUACGAUUUCAUUAUUUUAAAUUAUUACUUUUUAUGUUUUCUAUGAGAAAUAUUGCUCCAAUGGAAAAACGACUAGAGAUUUUUUUGUUGAAUUUUUAAUCUAGUUGAAGAAUAAGUAAUUCGUUUUCAGAUUUCCAAAGUAGUUUUAAUUUAGUAAAUCUGAAAAAAAAAAUCAUAACGAAUGAAAAAAUGUACAAAAAUAGUGCUUUUAUUAUUUUCAAUUUUGUUUUUUUGUUAUAGUUCAGUUAAAAAUAUUCGUAAAGACUUGAAAUUUCGAAAGAAAAUUUAUAUUUGCGUUUUAACAGGUUUGGUCAAUUUUGAAAAAAACAUUUAAACCAUUUUUGAACUAUUUUUAGACAUUUUAAUUUUGCGAGUUUCUUUCUUUAUUUUUAUUUGUUAAGUACUUUGUGGACAAAAUUGUUUGAUCAAACUUGACUAAACAAAAAUACUUAAAUUUUAACUGGUUCAUUAUAAGUAAAGUUGUAAUUAGUGGUCAAAAAAAUAAAAAAAUCAAUUGUAAUGUAGAAUUUUUUUUUGUAAGUUAAUAUCAAAUUUUGACUAAAAUCAAAAUAAGCAGAAUUUUGCUUAGAAUCGUUUUACGUUAGCAAUAGUUUAUCGUUGCAUACAGAUAUGAAUUAAGUAAAUGUAUGUAGUCUACAUUCCCAACUCCCCACCAACAAUAGCAACACACUUAUCCCCAAUAUCGAAAAAAAAAAGCUAAGGUAAAAUUAGUUGCAUGUUACUAUUAUGGCGGAUUUACAUGUCCAAUUUUACUUGUAUAAAUAUAUUUGUAUCUGUUUCUUAGAUAUUCGUUCAGGAAAUACUCAUAUAAUACUCACGAAAGUUUAAUUUCGUUUAAUGUAUUAUUAAUCAUAAAAAAUGGCAACAUCAAAAUUUAUUCAAACUAUAAUGCUCCAUUUAUUAUUGGAUUUUGUAUUUUAAUAGUUUGCCGUUUUAAAAUCAAAAUUAGUAGUAAUAUUUCAUCCAAGAAAAAAACGGUGACAAAAAGUAAUGGAAAUUUUAGAGCAGCUUGAUUCUUAAAUUUUCAAAGAAAAAAAAAAAUGUUUUCGUAUAAAGUCAAUACCUACUUAACGAGAUAAUAAGUAGGCUUAGGGACUUCUAGAUCUGAAAAACAUGUAAAUAUGCAUUAAAUUAUGCUCUAAAAAAUGUUUGUUUUAUUAAAAUUGUAUAAUAUAAAAAUUCAAAACUUAACUAUUAUUUAUUUUUUUUUCAUUAUUAAUGGUAUUUAUUUAAAAACUUUUAUAAACAUUUUUUCGGGAUGAAUAAUUUAAGUUAUUGAUCAAACUUAAUGAUUUUUCGUAAACUAAAGGAACAGACUAUUUUACGAUAGUUUACUCGACUAUACUACAUCAGUGCGUAUGAAUUUGAACAAUGUAAAUCGAAAAAAGCGUAGCAUACAAUAAAAUUAGAUAUGUGUGUAUGUUCUUUUAUAGUACUUAAAAGCUACAUACUGCUAAAAUAUGCUCUAAACAGCAAAAAAUGUAAAUAUAUGCAAAAUAAAAUUUAGGACUUGGAUACUUUACACUAUGAACAGUAUUUAUGUUCAACUCUGCUAUUUUUUUAAUCUUUCAAAAAUAAUAUACAAACGAUAGAAAUUCCUAUAACCAUAAUAAUGAUUGUUUUACGUUAAAUGAAUUACCGUGAAUAGUUAUAGAAUUUGAAUUUUACGUUUAUUUUCUUCCUCGAUACUCGUUUGGUAAUAAAUUAUUAUUAUCAUACCAUUUACCACCGUUUUUUUUUUUUUUUUUGACGUGUCAUACGAACAAAUUAUUAUUACUAGGCACUACUGAUUCGUUUCUGCUAACUCUUCUUUCCCUUCCAUGAUCAAUCACAGUUCUGUAAUCAACGUGUGCAUAACAUAAGUAUGUGAAAGUACACGUUUUAAUUUUCAGGUACUAUUUGUAAACUGAAUAUUUUUUAUGUGAAAAAUUGGAGAAGUUGAAAAAUAAAAAAUUGUUUUAUUAUUUUCUGUUUUAAAUAAAAAUAGGUAUCUAUAAUAUGUAUUUAUUUUUUAAAUUUUUUUAUAGAUAUCCAAGAAUAUUGUUGUACCUAUUUUAACAUGUUUAUAAUAUUAUUGUACAAUAUUUGAUUUUAAGUGUAGUAAAGAUGUGUUUUUCUUUUUUUCUACACUUGUUUGGUUAAUACAAAUUGUCCAAAUUAUUUACAUAGUACUUCCAUUCACAUCCAUCUUGGAUACCUUAGCUACAAUUAGAAAAUAUACGCUCAAAAUCUAAAAUCACAAUCAUAAUCAUAAUCAAAAUAAUUUGUGUAACGUUGCACAACGCAUUCACAGAAACCUGGCAUGAAAUGCAUUGACGAAUAUAUCGAUAAGGGUGUAACGUAAAAGCUAAAAUUCUGAUAAAUGUUAAUCCGCAAUUAUUGUAUUGUGUCGUAAUCCAGCAUUACAGGUCGGCAACAUUGUACGAUAUUGAUGUGUUUUUAUUAAAACUAUUUUGGGUAAAAAUGGAUUAUGAUUUCGCGCGCAAAUGUUCUAUAAAAAAGGUGUGAUGGGUGCAAGUGAACUGCUCCGGAAUAAAUUACCCUACUCAUGGUGCGAAGUAUAUCAGGUUUUUGUGUAGGUACACAUAACGUAAAUGUAAUAUAGCUAUAUAGGUACACUGUAUCUAUAUUACAUUUAUGUUUUAAUUUACCGAAGCAGGUUAUGCACCUCGUAAUAAUGUUACACGUUUUUAGUUUAUGUAUUUUUUUAUCCGAAAAUUUCGAUGUUUAUCUUUUUUUUUUAAAUAUUUUAAAUUUUUGAUGACGAAUUUUUCUCCCACAUAUUAUGUACCUAUAUUUUGUGAUUCUAGAUACUACAGUUUAAUAUAAUAAAUGUUCAUGUUUUAGAUACGUAGUUUUAUAUUUGCGAUUUUUUUUUAUUUAGUGUCAGUUACCAAAAAAUGAUGCGAUUAAAAUUAAAAUUUAAAAAAAUAAUAAAUAAUAGGAAUUUUGUACCUUAUUUCUAUUAUAAAAAAAAGGAACUAAUACCGGGGAUGGGUGUGGCCACCGUUAUACGUGAGUAGUUGGAAAGGUGGGAUAUAUAAAGUUAUUUAAUUUAUAAUUGUAAGCAACGAUAAACCAUUGCUAAUGAAUAACGUUUCUGAGCGAAGAAAAUAUCUAAAAUAAAAGUAUAAUAAAAAAAUAAAAUAAUAUGCGUUUUCACGACAACGAAGAUUGUUUAAAAAAGAUUAAAAGAUGAAAAUAAUAAAAACUUAACAAUAACAAAAAAUAAAUAAAAACGGUUGCAGUGAUCAAAUCGUAUUUGUAUUCUUUUAAUUAUUUUUAACCUAAAGAAUCAAUUUUUUGUCAUUAUCUCGAAUAUAAAUGAGAAUUCCAAAGUAGAAGUACCAGCUAUUAGAGCAAAAAAAAGAGGGUGGUUAUGACAUGAUUGAGUAAAAAACAUCUUUUGUAAGACCCGAUUUUCGAAAAUUUGUCGUCAUAUCAAAGGAUAUAGAAAUACAAAAGAAAACCUACACGAUCAUAAAAACUCUACGACGUUGCUAUUUUCAAUUUUGAACUAUAUUUUACAAAUUAAUUAUUAAUUAAUUAAUACUACAAAAUAUGCUCUUUUGAUGAUUAAAUUUGACGUUGAAUAUGAUUUUAAAAGUUCGGUGUGAAUAAUUUUAAUUGACUGUAUGGAAAUUAAUUCUUCUGAUUAUCUUUUGCAAUUUGCUCUCAAAAUUUGUAAUCAUAUUUUCUCAUUUGAAUUUUGAAUGUGAUUCUGUUGUCUACAACAUUAUUUUUAUCUAAAUCUGAGAAUAUUUUUGCUGAACAUUUAUUAUUGGUACACCUUCAUCCCAAAAGAUUAUCUUUUUUCGUUUUUAAUUAAUCAAUUAAUUCAAAAUAAUAACCAAUUAAUUUAUAUUUGUAUCAAUCCACGAGGGUCAUAAUAAUCAAUAAUAGAUAAUAAUCAUCAAUAAUAGAAAACUGAAAUUGUUUUAACGCACUAUAUGACAGGACUAUAAGUGAUCGAACACUCAUUACAUAAUCAUUUCUAUAAUCAUUUUGGAAUAGUUACUUAUCUACUACAAUCGUCUAUAACGGUCAGUAAAGGUUUAUGUUCAAUCGUGUUUUUUCCCAAAAAAUGUCUCUUGUCAUGUUUUGAUUGGAACAAGAUUUCUAGGAGAAAAGUUUUUUACAGGCAGAAAAAAAAAUAUAAACCAUAGUAAACCAAUAGAUCCCUCAUUUUAUUCAGAAUUUAAAAAUAAAAAAAUAAUGAUUCUACAUUAUUAUAUUGUAACAUAAUGCUUGAGCUAUUGGUACAUAUAUGAAUAUACUAUGCAGUACCAUUGUUUUACUGUUCUUAUCUACACUGUAAUAAUCUUAUAUAUUAAUAUUAUUAUUAUUAUAUAAUAAAGAUAAGACGUAAAAAUUUCAGGACAAUAUUAUUAUUUUUAACUAACGCGAUUAUUAGUUCACAACGCACGAACAAUUAAGUUUUACAGUUUUCGUUAAAAAUAAAAUGUGUAGACAAUUAGUAUUUAGUUGCCAAUUAAUUUGCAUAUACAUUUUUACACGAGUACCUACAUAAUAAUAUUUCGUUAUCAAUAGUGUCGACGGUUAUUUAAAAAAAAAAUUGGAAUUUACUAAUUUGUCAGUAGUGCUGCUCUAAGUUACAUUUUCUAUAUUGUACCUAUUUAACUAUAAUUAUAUUAAUCGAUUAAAACUCAACAGUAUUUUAAUGUUCCAAAAUAGUAUGUAUAAGUUUAUGACUCUCAUGCGCGUAUGGCAAAAAUAAAAAAAUUUCGAGUUCUAUAAAUUUGAUUCGUUGAUUGUAAUUUGAACGUCCUAUCUGCAGGUGAUCUAUUUAAUUAGGUAUGCUCAUUAUAUCGUAAAGUAUUAACUUUUUCUGGAAUUUGUUUUCUAGAACAAUUAAGAAACAAUCUAUUCUACAAUUUUAUAUUAUUAUAAUAUAAUAUUAUGUUAUUUUUCGUCACCCUUAUUUUUGGGAGUUAAACUACUACUACCUACUUUUGAUUUUCAACUGGCAACCUAUAUUAAAAAUCCCAUAAGUAGAUAGAGUAUUAGUUAAAAAGUGUUGAAAUUUUUGAUUUUCGUCAAUCCGUUAAUGAGAUAUUCCACUUUUAAAUAUGGGUUGGAGGAGAGUAGUGGAAUAUCAUUUGUGUGGCGGUACGGCGCACGGCGUGUUAAUAAUACACCAUUACUCUCCUCCAUACUAAACAUAAAAGUUGAAUAUCUCGUCAAUGAUUCGACAAAAAUUAAAAAUUUCAACACUAAAAUUUAUUUUACUUUAUCUAUGUAUGGACUUGGAGUAUUAAUUAAAAUGUCUAUGUAUGGCCUUUUUGAUAUUGGUUGCUAUUUUAAAAUCAAAAGUAGGUAGUGGUUUUACCACCAAAAAUAAGGGUGACAAUAAAAAAAAACAUGAAUAUAAAAUUGUAGAGUAGCUUGUUUCUUAAUUUUUUUUGGAAACAAAUUCCGGAAAUAGUUAAUACUUACCGAGAUGAGUGUACCCACUUAAAUGAACCGCCAGCCCGCUGUAUAUGUGUUGUUGCUCGAUUGCCGUCAUUCAUGUACUAUCAAAAAAAUAAUCAGAUUUAAUUUUGGCACAAAUUGACUACGUCUAAAUUAGGUAGAUAACCAGCUGCAUGCUAAUUGCGUCCCUAAAAACGAAAAUAUACGUCCUGACAACCGAGUUGCGUCCGCAAGAAUAAUUGUUAUUCUAUUUCUAUAUGUUUGAUGAUAAACUCGUUAAUAUUUAUCCGUCGGUUAUAGAUUAUCGAUACGACGAUACCUUAUCAUAGGUUGGUAUAUAUCACCUUACAAUUUAUUGUUGAAAGUUAAUUUUGUUAAUGUUGUUCAUGUUAAAAAACGUUCAAACUGAUAUUUAUAUUAAAAUGCAAAACUCAAAUUUAACAAACAUACGAAGAAAGGAUGUAGAAAACUUUAGAAGAUUUUAUUAAAAAUACUUAGUUUGAAAAAAAAUUAUAUCACUUCUUUAGUUCGUUAAAAAAUCGACGUAAAAAAAUUUACCCAUUUUAUAAAAAUAAAAAUAAUAAUAAUUACAUGGUAUCUGCGUAUAACAAUAUCCACAAAGGUUGGACUUACUUAAUAUUAUUUUUAAUUAAUUUUUAAUAAAAUAUACAUUUUAGAUAAGUAGAUAAUUUAUUAUAAUACCAAAUAUAUAAUAUAUUUUUAAUAACAUCAUUUAUAUAAAUGACAGUCCCCAUUAGUUUGUAAAAGUGAGAAGGAAAAUAUGUAUGUAUCAAUUAUUAACGCGGACGCAACUCGGAUGUGUCGUGAAAAAAUCGCGGGCGCUAUUCGGACAAAAUAUCAUUUAUGGACGCAAUUCGAAUGCACCGAUACAGCGUACGCAGUUUUUAAUGAAAAGGUGUUUAAUAUUAUAAACCCCAAAUUAUAAUUAUUCUGCUAUAAGAAAUUAUAGCAACACCAGAAAUUUUAAACAAUAAUUAUUGUUUAAAAUCUCCGAGCAACACAGACACGAGCGAUGCACAAUGGGACGUUUCCACAUUAAUUUCUAAACCAUUUUCUGCUUAUACAACGCCAACAAAUUUAUUAUCUAUUUACUCGUACAUUUUGUCUUAAAGGGUAACGCCGUGGAGCGCCGUAAAUAUUUGCCAUUGUAACUAUAAUUUUUUUUUCUGAUUUUUCCCGAUUAUUAUGAAAAUCCACCAGAAAAUCAAAAAGUUAUCUCCUCAAUAAUUUAACUAAAUAAAAAAUCCUUUCAAAAUCUCUUUUCGUUAUCAAGGGUUAAUCGUUACCCACAUUAAAUAACUUUAUGUUUCUUACUUUCCCAACUUCCCACCUACUAUAGUGGUAACAUCCAUCAUCUUUUUUCUUUGGUUUAUGUGGAUAUAAUUGAUCAUGGUUAAUUUAAUGGUAAAACAAUAAAAGAUUAAACGUUUUAUCACUUAACUAUAUGUUUUUAUUUAGUGGACCUUACAAGUUAUGAUCUCAUGUUGAUACUCAUUGAGCCGGAGAACGGCUUUGUUGUUUUUCGUCUUUUAUAUUCUAACAAACAGUUAGGAAGUUUUUUUUUUUAAUUUUCUCAAAAUGGAAUUAGGGUCCAUUUUGCAUGAACCAAAUCAAAUGUUUUAAUUUAUAUUUAAUGUAAAAUAUAACAUAUAAAUUCAUAAAAUAAUAAGCGAUCUGUGUAUUAUCUACUCAUAUUAUAUACAGAUCACGGGGAGUUUAAAUGUUCCCAUCGUCUCCCCCCCCCUCCCAUGGUACACUACUGCUUCUAUCAUCCAUGAUGCAUAGCUUUAUCAUUUAUUGUAGCACAAUAAUUCGCUUUUGGUCUCAAAUACAUUCGGGAGAAAGGCGGGAAGGCGAACGAAAUAAAGGCGAUCGCCCACUCGCCCGUAAGACGUGUCAUAAAAAAUCUUAUUGGAUUAUAUUCAUAAUAUUAUAUUGUAAUAUAUUUUAUGUUGUUCGCUACGUAUAAGAAGGCGAUUUAGUCGGUGGGAAUCCCCAAAGGUUUGGGGAUGUCACGUUAAGCCGCGUUGAACUUUGUUGUUAAUAUAGGCGGAUGGGUGGCUAUCAUCGGGUAUUAUAAUAGAAACGAGCUAUUGUCUCAAUUUAUGCGUACCCAACCGGUAAAAACAAUCGUUGGACACUUCAAGGUCGAACGUUUAUGAAAAAAAUGGUCUCACGUUAUAACCUAUAUUAUAUUUCUAUACACAUAAAAAAAGAAACUGGCCGACUGACGUAUAACGCACAAACCAAACCGCUGUGUCUACAGAAAUUUACAUUUCCAUAGAAGUUCUUUAUAAAAUGUACCCAACCGCUAAGAAAGAAAUUUUCAAAAUUCAACCCCUAAGGUGUUUGAGUAGUUAAAAAUGUAAUGAGUUACAUAAUCCAAAAAGAUUGCGUAUACUGUAUACCGAAUUUAUCAAAUAAAUAGUUAAGCACAAUUUUUGCUGACUUCGGAAAUUAAUCCUUUAGCGGAGUGAAAAAAAGGGAUGUCAAAAAGAUAGCUAGUAUAUUAUAUUUUUCUUUGUUUUUUUCACUCCAGAUAUCAAUGGUAUAAUUUUCGGGCUAGGUUUUUUGGGUUCAAUUUUUGAUAAUUUAAUGGAAGGGUGCUGUGAACUUAUUAGUUAAGACAUAUUUUCAGGUGGGAGAGGGUUUAUGAAAAAAAAAUGUUCAUGACAAGUAUAAUUAUAUUACAUUGAAACAAGAUAAUUAAUCGAUAAUUGGCCUACUUCGAGGUCUCUUUCAUUCCGGUUUCUAUCCCAAAACUGCUAUGAUGAAAUGAGAUUAAUGACAAUUUGUUAUAUGUCCCAGUCACUGAAUUCUUUGGUGUUUUUUUGUAACUAGUUGCUGCAGGUGCUAAACCCAUUACUUCCUGCGGUUGUUUUUAGAAACCGCGAUAAGUGCAACAAAAGCACUUGUUGAAAUAGGAUUACGUGAUUGGAGCGGUAGCCUUUUUAGUAUUUUGUGAUAAUGUUUGAAUUCGGUAAUUUUCUAUUACUAUAGGUCCGAAUACACAACAAUUAUUGAGGCGGCUACAGUGUGUGCGUAUUCGUUGUUCGUAAUUCGUACAAAUUCGUGAAUAUAGUGUGUAGGGGUGAGAGUGCAUCAUUUACCAUUUGUCAAUCGUGACCCAGAAGUGGCAAAACUAUGCACGACUGAUUAGUGGUCCAUCACUCUGGAGGGUGGUAAAAUCAAAAUAUCAAAUAGAGCACGAAUCGAAGCGAAUAAAUAAAUUCGUGUGAAUUUGUGUUUGUUUGUCAUUCGUCAGAUGUUAUACGGUGUUAUCACGAAUAGAAAAAAAACACGAAUCGCGAAUCGCGAAUUACGAAUAUACACGAAUAGUGCGUGAACAUCAAAGACCGACAAAUUUCUACGAAUCGUGAACCUCGAACAACGAAUACGCGAAUAGUGUAUAGCCGCCUUUAUAAUUUAUAUUCCAUCGACGUAAUAACACGAACUUUACUACGUACCUAUUAAUAUUCCGUUUUCAACAAAACCAUUUUUAAUAUUUCACCCGCACUCCAUAUUCCUUAAAUCAGUAUAUACGUUUGUUAUUAAAUAGGAACCCCCUAUAUAAAGACAGAUUCAAGUAGAGAAUAUUUUUCUAGAAAUAUUGUUAUGCAUACCAAUACUUAUAACAUUAAUUAAUGAGUUAUAAUCGUUUAGAGUUUAAACCCAAGAAGUAGAGUAGGUUAAUCUAUUUAUAAUUUGAAAAUAUUUUUAUAAUUUUAUUUUAUCUAUAUUUAUGUGUAAUUAUUUAUUUUUUGUUAUGUCCUGAACCCUACUCACACCACUGCCAUAUGCUUUAGUGGGUAGAACAACCUUGGUUAUCGCAUGCAAUUUUAGUCGUAUCAAACAUUUUUGUUGUUGUUGGUAAUAAAUAAAUUAUAAACUAUAAAAAUAUGUACAUAUAUAUGCAAUUUAUUACCCUUUCCUAUUCCUCCGGUCUAAACUUUAUACGGUUAUUAACUCAUAAUAGCCAAAUCUGAUGUUGGUGUUAUGAAUAUCAAAAUGAAUGGAAUAAUGUUUUUUACAUUCGAAUCUGUAUUUAAAAAUCUGGUUCCUAUAUGAAAAACAAAAAGUAUAUACUUAUUUAAGGUAUAUGAAGUGAGACGAUAAAUUGUAAAUGGUGUUUUAAAAUAAAGCUUAAACGAUUCCAUAAUUAUUAAAAAAAAAAAAAAUAAUUUAAAAUUCCCCGAGAAAAUUGCUGAUUCAUGAUAAAAAAAAACUCACUCUGUAUACUAUUAAUAAUAAUCGACAAUACAAAUUUAUAUUUUUGUAGAUCAUUUUAUAAUAAUUGUUGCAAUAGUAAGACAAAAUCGUAACUAUUCAUUCAACUGACUUACCAUGAUGUUUAUAAUGUAAAAAUAUUUUUUUAUUGUUUGAUUAACAUUUUAUAUUAAACAAAUAGCUGAUAUUGGGGACAGGUACGGCCACUGUUAUAGGUAGGUAGUUGGGAAAAUGGGAUACAUAAAGUUUAUUAAUUUAUACCUAUAACUACCAAUGAACCAUUGCUAACGAAAUACGAUCCGGAGCGAAGUUCGAUUAUACAUGUCUUGAAAAGCCGUAAUAUUUAAAACAUAAGCCAAACAAAUUUUAAGUUAUGAAAUCAUUGUAUAAUUGAAAAAAAAUCUUCAUUUUUGGACUUUCUCAAUUAUUAUGAAAAAUACUUGAGAUGUCAAAAAACGACUUUCUGUAUAAUAGUGGCUAUAGAUUAAAAGGACAAAAUCGAUAAUUUGUGAUUUUUAAAUUGGAACAAUAUUUCUGGCAGAGAAUCUCGUGAAUAAAAAAUAAAAAACAAUAAAAACGGUAACGCUGUAAGGCGCUAUAAAUUCUUUCCAUUUUACCUAAAAUGUUCAUUCGAGUUUUACCCAAUCACUUUGAAAACAGCUUGGAAAAUCAAAAAAUAACCUAUCUAAUAUACCAACUAGUAAAAAUUUCCUUUUAAAAUAGGUAGUUUACUCUAUAAAUCGGAAUAAGAUUUCUUUUCGAAAAACUGUUUAUAAUGAUGGGCGGAAUCGACUAGUUUUGACUAUCGAUUGUCAAUCGAUAGUUAAAAAAAUAACCUAGUGUUUUUGACUCGAUAGCUUAAAAACAGUACUUUUUCAAUUGAAUAAAUAUAUUCGAUAGUUGAUAGUUUUUAAAAACAACGGAGUAAAUAGAUUGAAACUAUCGAGUAUCGUUCGAUAGUUUUCACUCGGUAGUACCCAUCACUAAUUGUUUACAGACCUAAAUAAAAAAUAAUAAAAGUACAAAGGAAAAAAAAAACACACACAUAAUAAAACCAUUAGACACGCUCCUAAUCUAAAAUACAAUAUACAAAAUUGUAUGUAUUCAAUAGGUAUUUGUAAAUUGUAAUAAAUCUUUUGGGUUUAAUGAUAAAUUAGUGUAUCUUGAAAUUAAUAAUUAAAAUGUCAAUGACAGAACGAAUUAUUUAAUGCCAUCUAGCGGAUAAUUAUUUUGGGAGUAGAACUAGUGACAUUGAAAAAUAAUAAUAUAAAACAUAUUCUGUAAUGAUUUAUCUACUAAAACGAAAUUUAAAUUGUUGUGGGUUGAACUAAUAUGUUCUACACGCCUCAAAUAAUCACUUCGUAUACAUUUAACUGCAAUAAAUUGACUUUUCUUUAGUCUAUAGAAAACAAAUAAAAUUAUAUUGUUUAUUCCAAUAUAAGUAUUUAUAAUUGGUACAACACACUGUGGGGCCAAUACCAUCAAAAGGUUGCACAAAUUAGUAUUACGUUUUGUACUUGAAAUUUUUAUUUUCUGUCUGUAAACAACUUUUCGAUCAAAAAUCUUGAUCUGAUCAUCAACUACAGUUGCAGUUUUUGGUUGAAAAUAUUGUCUCGAGAACGCUAGUUUUUUAUUUUAUUUCUAGUUUUCUUAACAAUUGGGAUAACUGGAGGAAAACGGACAUAUUUAUACAAUAACAGUUUCAAUUUUAUUUUCGUUGUAAUUUAGUUAAUAGUUAUUUAGUUGGAAAUGUUCAUAGAUAACCGACAUUUUCACCAAACAUUUAUAUCAGCUUUUUCUAGACGUGGUCAAUUUUUCAAAACAUUCUCGCGAUAUAUGAUAAACCUAUUCAAAUUUUUUUUGUUCGUAUGAAAUUGUUGCGACACUCCGAUUUCGCAGUCAGAAUCUAGGAAAAUUGCGCAAAUAUGUGCACACAUUUUUGCGUUGUAAGUAAAAAAUUACUCUAUAAAAUAUUAGUUUUGAUGAAAUUAAAUUCCAUUUUAUUCUGUGGUAUGAGAUAUUAUGAAUGGAAAACUUGAUGACAUAAAAAAUUUAGUUAAGAAAGACAGUUCGGGGGAUGGGAGGGGUUCUUACCUCUAACCCCCCCUCUGUGUGCGCCGCUGAGUUAUAACAGCAUGUGUUCGGGUGGCAGCGAAUUUAUUCUUUUAUUCUAAAAAUAACCUACUACAAUUACACUCACGUUAGAAAAAAAUGUUCCAUUCAUAUUUGAAAUUAUGUGCCUAUCUAAUUAUUUAAUAAUAAAUAAAAACGAAUUCUGUUUCUAGAUAACUAGCGCAGUCGAACAUUUUACCGUCGAUCCAAAAUUGUUAAGUAACCGUCAUAAUGGAUAUCCAAGAUAAUCAAAUGCUAGGGAUUGACAAAAAGCAAAAACUUUGCUUUCGGAGCGUCCAAGGUACGUGAUAGUAACUGCAGGUCACUACCCGACCUAACCCCAAGUGUGAAAUUAAUAAUACCUAUUGUCGGGUUUAAAUAUUUUCAUAAAUGCGUGUCAUAAUUGUGAUUCGUAUGCAUUUUAUUUCAGAUAUGAUACCCGCUCGUGCGGUAUUGUAUUUAAUGUCGUUCAGUGGCUUUUUGGUCAGUUUUAUGAUGCGCACUGAUAUCAAUAUCGCCAUGGUAGCAAUGGCCAAACUGAGAACAAAUGCCGGUAACUCAUCAAAUGUCACAGAACUCUCUUGUUACGCGGCAAUGAUAAAUGACACUGACUUGGCCGAAGAUCAUAAAACAAUGGUAAAAUUGUCAGUUAAUGUUAAUAUAAUGUUCAACUUACGUUUACCUAUAAAUUAUCGAUUUAAGGUAUAUUAAUCUGUUAUUAUUAACAGUUAUCAGUUUAUGAUUAAUUAAUAAGUACCUACCUAAUUGGUUGUCUUCAGUUUGUAUUUACCGGUACUUUGGUAUUUUUUAAAUAAUAAAUAUAAAAUAUAAAUCCUUAUUAUUUAUGUAACAAUAUAACUACCUACAUGACAAUAAUAUAAUUAUUUCAAUUACCUGUAAGUACCUACCUAUUAGUUAAUUCUUUUUUAAAAUUUAAAUGUAUCCAUUUUCAGGAGGAGGGUGAAUUUGAUUGGGAUGCUACUGUGCAAUCAGCAAUCCUUGGUUCGUUUUAUUGGUGUUAUAUAUUAUCUCAAGUAGUUGGUGGUGUUUUAACCCAACGGUUUGGUACCAAAACGGUUUUUGGGUUCUCACAAUUAGCCACAGCAAUUUCUUCGCUGCUUAUUCCUCGGGCAGCCUCAUACCAUUAUGCAGCAGUUAUUACAUUACGGUCAAUUCAAGGAAUGGCAUCAGUAAGUAUACCUAUCAAAAAUACAUACUAGUUUAAUGCUUAAGUUAUCUUACAUCUAAUAUUUAGUUAUAUCUGUAAAAUAGUAGUCUUCUUCUUUUUCUAUUAAUGUAAGAUUAAUGUUUAUAUUUUAUGUUAUUAUUAUUAUUGUUAUAACAAUAAAAUAAAUAUAACUAUUGCCUAAUAAUUUGAUAUCGAUUUGCUUGGGUGUUAGCAAUUUUUCAUACUAUUCUUAUGUAAUGUCCUCUAAAAUGUAUUCAAUGUUAUUUAAAUUGGAAUUAAUAAUAAAUUAUAAUGAAUCUCAACAUUUUCCAGGGACUCACUUGGCCUGCAAUGUAUGCACUUGUUGGUAUAUGGAUACCAUCCAACGAACGAAGCAGGUUCAUGUCAUCAUUCCAAGGUAUGAAUUCGAUUUAAAUCACAGCCAUGCUUUAAAUAGGAAAAGAAAAUAUGCCAAUGUGAAAAAAAAUUAAAGGUCACUUUCAAAUUUAAUAAACGGGGGAUUUAAUUUCAGAACUUUGUAAUUAAAAGAACAACAUAAUCACUAGGCUACUUUCAAACUGUAAGAAUGUUUUAGACUUUCCUGGCAAAAACCCAAUUUAAUUAUUAAAUUUCAAUAUGUCUCUUGUCCAGUGUUUGACAUUACAUGGCCUUCGAAUUGUAAUUAGGUAAUAUUACGUUGAGCUGUUGUAAAAGUAAUAGAAUGCACUCGAAUAUAUUAUUAUUAUCAUUUUACUCUUAACAUAUAAAUAAAAUCAUUAUAGGUAAAAAUGUAUAUAAAUAUAUGUAUAUAUAUAUAUAUAUACAUAUAUAUAUAUACGGGUAUAUAAUACCUUGAAAAUUGAUAUUUAAAUAUUUAUGUAUGUGUGUAUGUGUAAAUAAGUAUAGAGUACGUUUGUCAGUAUUGAAAGAUUUUUUACAACUUAAUGUGAUAUUAACCAAAAUAUCAGUUAUGGUUUGUAAAAAUAUGAUAUACCUAUAUCUACACAACAUUAUUAGUUAUCGUUUUAUAAGUAAAUAAUUUUGAGGAGACAUAUGUUUAACAUUUUUUUUAUAGUGGCUACAAUAAUUCAAGUUACUACAAAUGGAGUGGUGUAGGUAGAAUUAUUUUCUAAAUUCUAACAAUUUUAUAAUUGUAUAUUAUUUAUUGUUGUCAAACAAAUUUAUUUCAAUUUAUUUUUAGCAUUUUUUUUAGAAAAAAUAUUAAAAUAUGUAGAGAUUUAAAUUUUAUUGUGUAUAUUUGUUAUAUGCUUAACAAAAAUUAAAAUAAAUAAAUUACUAUAAAUAAAAAACAAAUUUUCGAUUAUUUUACUUUUUUAUUUUUAUUUUUUUUGUAUUUUGUUUUGUAUACAUUAAUUUGAAAGUAAACUAUAUUUUAAAUAUUAACGUAUAAUUUAAAAUAGUAAUAAAUUAGUAGUUCUAUUCUCAAUGUUAAUAUAAUUUUUAAAUUUUUUAUAUAUAUAUAUAUAUAUAUAAACAUUAAAAAUUCAUAUAGUCCAAAACUAAAAUAUAACUGCGCAAAUAAAUUUAGUUGAAUUUUAAGUAUAAUGGUAAAAAGUUUUGUUUGGUGUUGAUGUGCAGAUGGGAGGUCGCAACGGGUAAACAAGUAUAUUUAUCCAUCUGUCUAUUUGUGAUAUAUGUGUAACUGGCAUCUAGGUUAGGUGGUAAUUGAGCUGUUGCCUGGGUGACAGGGUUUAGCUUCGGAAUUGGACUGACGUAUAUGUUGUGCGGCUUCAUUAUUGGCAACUAUGGAUGGCGAGUGGUGUUUUACAUGAAUGGUUCAUUGGGUGUUGCCUGGUGCUUACUAUGGUGGUUACUAGCUUUUGAUCUACCUCACAAGCAUCCAAGAAUCACUAAACGCGAACUGAAUUACAUCAACGCUAAUAUCGGAGCAAAUAUCAUUAGCCCAAAAGUAAACUAAUAAAAAUAAUUACUUACAUCUGUUUAUAAAGAUUUAUAUUAAUAUAUUUUUGUCAUAACAGGAUUUAAAAGUGCCAUGGUUAUCAAUUAUGACAUCCAUUCCGGCAUGGUCUAUUGGUAUAACGACAUUUGGUCGGAUAUGGGUCCAUUAUACAUUUAUAAUAUAUGGUCCUUCUUACAUGAAGACAGUAUUGGGUUUUAGUAUACAAAAGGUUUGUUUCCCCAUUACAUUUUUCUUGAUAAUAAAUAAAAAUAAUUUUAACAUUUUAUUUCCAGAAUGGAUUAAUGAACGGAGCUCCAUUUUUGUGCAGUUACCUUUCUUCUGUAGUAUUUUGUUAUGCAGCUGACUACAUUAUAGCCCGUAAUCUUAUGAGCUUAACCAAUGUCCGUAAAAUAUUUACAGCUAUAUGUAAGUAAUUAGUAUGGACUCUUGUAAAUUACUAUUAUUUAACGGUGCAAAAGUAGACAUAUAUUUAUAUACUAUACCAGUGGUUCCCAACUUGUGGGCCGCAAAUGCUGAUCGAAGAUAUAAGCCAAGAGUUGAAAAAUUUAAAAACAUGUUUAUUAUUCUAAUAUGAAUGUUUAUAUUUUGAUCGAGGUUUAGUCAUAAUCCUACAAUUAUCGCCAUCAUACAAUUUUUUUGAUUGGCAUUUUCUUAUAUACUAUCUAGAAUAUUUUUGUAAUUUUUAUCGUAUUUUAUUAUGCUUGGUGUGGACAUGUUGUGAUAUACAUUUAUAAGUUAAAAAGAAUAAUAAACUUUAUUUUUUUAAUUUUCUUGUAUGGUAUAUUUUCCUAAUUAAUGACGCAUGUACAAUAUACAUAUUAUAUAUAGGUACAUAGGUACCUAUGUAUAUAUUAGCCAUACGUAUGUAAUAUGUGUCUAUUUGUUUUUAUUUUUACCUAUAUAUUAGUUUAGUGGGUCUCAUAGUUUUGUUUACAAAAUUGGUGGUCCAAACAACUAAAAGGAUUGGGAACUGCUGCACUAUACGUUAUGUGUUUUUUAUUUUUAUUUUUUAGCUCAAGUCAUUCCAGGACUAUUAGUACUCACCAUCGGUUACAUGGGUUGCCAGAUCACAUUAAUUUUGGUAAUUUGGUUUGUAGCAGUUACACUUAUAACUGCUGCAUAUGCUGGAGCAAUGGCAAAUGUAGUUGAUAUUGCACCAAACUUUGCUGGACACGUACUAGCAUUUGCACAAACUAUACAUAUGUCAGCAAGUUUUUUGUCUCCACUUGCUGCUGCCAUUAUUCUACAAGAAAAUGUAAAUAAAGUUUAAUAUAAUAAUUUUUUUUCAAUAUAUAUGUAUAGUUUUUAAUAUCGGUGACCAUUAUUAAUUUAGCCAACUUUGGAGAGGUGGCGUAGAAUAUUUGCUGUGACUGCUUGUGUUGCAUGUGGAACUUACGUAAUGUAUCAAUUUGGUGGUACAGCAAAGGAGCAGGUUUGGAACAAUCCAAAUCACAAAAAUAAUUCGGGUUCUGUGCGUGUUUCACCAGAAAAUAAUCAGCUUAUUGUCAACAAUAAAACUGACCCAGAAAGAGGGGACGGAUAAAAAUUCUAAAAUGCAAAUAUUCAAGCAAACAACAAUGGCGUACUUAGGUCCCCCGCACAAAGGGGCAAAAUCAAAUUAUUUUUUACGAACAUUAAUUGUGAUAUAUAAUAUACAACAAACGAGAAAAAUUAGUGCCGAUUACAACAUCGGAUCCUUAAUAAAUCUCACCAUUCCAAAUAAGACAGUGUUCUAAACUUAAUAUUAUAUUUUAUUAUAAUUUAAAACAAAUUUUAAUGUUUGUAAUUUUAGAAUUUUUAAGUGUGUGACCUUUGUGUCAUCUAAUACGAAUUACUUAGAGUAGUUAAGUCAAUCAAUUACUAUAUACGUUAAUAUAGACAUUUAUUUAUUAGCAUUAAGAUGUAGCAAGUUUAUUGAAUUUUUCUAUAAACAUUUUCUAAGAAAAAAAAAAAACAAGCGAUUGGUUGUAAUAAGUUGUUAUACCUAUUUACUAGUAUAAAUUAUAAUUUUCACAUAAAAUUUCAAAAGCCAUUUUAAGAUUUUUAACCUGAUUAUUUCUAUACUUGUGCUCAUAUAUUUAGUUAAACAUAUUAUGAAUUAUUUGUUACUAGAAAUAGAACAUGUAGAUCAAUAAUGUGCCUUACCAGAUUUGUUGUAGAAUGGUGUUUUUUGAGAUCAGUGUAUGGUAUUUUUAUUUUGUUAAGUUUAUGUUAUUUUAUAGCAUUUACAUAAAUAUCUGGUGUCUCGCAACUUUAAUUUUAUUAAUCUUUUAAUGAAAUGUCUUAUUUUUACUAGUUUUUUUUAAUUUUAAGUUUAUACUGAAAAAUAAACUAAAACAGAUAGGUAAUUAAAAUGGUAAUGAUUUCUGAAAAACCCACAGCCAAACAUUACUAAAUUAUUGAAGGUAAAAAUACAGCGAGACACUUUAUAUAUUAUAUUUAAUUAUAUACAUACAUAUUAUGUAAUAUAAUGUGUAUAUAUAUAAAUAUGAAUUUGCAUGAAAAAAAAAUUAAAAAAUUGUACAAUUUAUAGUAAAACACUAUAAAACACAUAUAUGUUAUGAAAAGUUAUAAACCAUUUUUGCAAUAGACUAAUUUUUUAAAUUAAUCCUUAUACAAUUUUUAUUAAAACAAAUCUACCUCUAUUUUCUCUAUAUAUAUAUAUGUAUAUAUAUAUAUAUAUAUAUAUAUAUAUAUAUAUGUAUUUAUUUUUAGAAUAUAUCUAGAUAUUGUAUUUAAUGAUUUUGAACUGGACAAAUGUAGACAGAAGCCUAAAUUAGAGAUGUAUGCUUGUUUCAAUUUUUUUUUAUUUUUAUAAAAAUAUAGAAUGAGUUUUAAUAAAAUGUAAUCAUCAUAAUUAGGUGAAUUAUUUAAAUUAAAUAAGAUUUAUAACAUAUUAUAUAAGACAAAAAUAUUUUAAAAAAAGCAAUAAAGAAAACAAAUUUUUGAUAAAAAACCAAUUGUAAAUAUAUUUUAUUAUUGGUGAAAUUGAAUAGAAAUUAUUUUGGAUAGAUAUCUAUUUGUUGUUUCAAUAUAAUUCGUUACAGCACAAAAUGAUUAAAAAACUACAAUUUUAAUCAAUUUUUAUUACAUAAAAAACAAGCGUAUAAUGAUAGUAUUAGAUAGAGUAUUUAAAUCAUUAUUUUAGUAUCUGGACUCAGUUAUCACACAAAUAUUACCACUUAACCUAAUAUAAUGCUCAUUACUCCUCUACCUUUACAUCUCAAAUUAAAAGUGGUACUUAUAUAUAUAUAUAUAGUAUAUUUAAUAAAAAACUAGUAAACACUAAAUUUUAGUUUCAAAUAAAACUUCAUCAAUAUUUAUGGCAUGUUUAAUAAAGGUUGCUAUUGAAACCAAAUGUUGAGUGGUUUCUCCGCCAAUCAUAAGGGAAAUAUAAAAUUAGAAAAUUUGAUUUCAUGUAUCUUAAGUACAAAUUCAAAACUAAAAAACUUAAUUUCUCUAUAAUAAUCCAUCAAAAUUAAAUGGUAAGUUUCUCGUUUCAUAAAUAGCCAAAUAAGACAACAGCAACCAUUCUUGGUUUUUUUUUUUUUGAAAUUAUUAAAUUAAAGUAAUUUAAAUUUUAUUUUAAAAUUAAAUAUUUUUAUAUUCUCAUAUGUGAUUUCAAAGAUAGGUGUUUAAGUUUUUAUCGGUUAAAAAUAUGUAACUAUUUGAUUCAUUUUUACACCACUGACCUAUAAUUAUAGGUAUAAUACAUAGAUUAUAAUCUAUGUAUUAGCCAGUUAGGUUUAGGGUAAUAGUGUUAACACAGAUCUUUAAAAAGCAACAGAAAAAAGGUUAUCUAGAUAAGUAAUUAUAUUACUUACAAUGUUAUAUUGUUGAAUUUUAAAUUUGAUUUUGAAACUUUCGUUGAAUAAAAAAAAGGUCAUAAUUUUAACCUUUUAAAACAAAAUAAAUUAUAAUUUGCGUUUACACUACCUAUAUAUAUUUUAUUCUGAAUAUUAUAAAAAAGCUAUUUGUUUUACACCAAUGAGUUUUUAUUUUUAGAAAUACAUUUUUUUGAAAAAAACAUUUGGUUAGGCUUCAAAUUUUUUCCGCGGUAAGUAGGUAGCUCAAAAGAUGCAGAAUUUCUAGAACAUCCAUACAAUGUUAGACUCUAAAUCCUUUUAAUGUGGAUUUCAUAUUUUUAUUUUAUCUUCUGAAAUAAUAAUAGAUAAUAAUAAACCAAAAUUACAUUAUAUAAUAAUAUAUAAAUAUUUAAAAUUCUAUUAAAGUAUAGUUUUUGUGUUUAAUGUUGACAAAUUAAAACAACUUUAGUUAUUUGUACUAUAUGAUUAACACAAGUAUAAUAGUAGAGAAUUUUGAUGGGCAGAACUAGGUGGAAUAGUUGGGAGGAGAGAAGGAUGAAACCAAGAAUCUUGAAUGCCUUGCAACAAAUCUUUUCUAUGUGUUUAUUUGGGGAAAGGUUUCGGGUUAGAAUAAAUCCUAAAUCUUGAAUAGAUUCGCCAGAAGACUUGACAGGGAUGUUAUUAAUAUUGUAAGAGAAGAUUAUAAGGUGAUCAGAGGCGGGUAAAAGUUAUUGAGGAACAUUUGGGAAUGUUAAAUGAGAGGCCAAGAUCCUCACUCCAUACAACUAGUCUGUUGAGGUCAUGUUGUAAUCUAUGGCAGUCAUGGACAGAAUCUAUUUUAAGAAAAAGUUUCAUAUCAGCGAAUGUGAGAAGUUUAGCAUGGGAAAGUACUGAAGACGCUGAGUUUACAAAUAAGAUAAAAAAAAGUGGAGACAGGACAGGACAAUUAAAUAAUAUAAUUUUUUAUCUCAAGUUCCCAUCCCCCUAAAAAAAAAUAUGUUCAUUUAUAAACUGUAACGCUGAGGCAUGCUAAUUAUUUAAAAAAAAAAAAAUUGAAUAGAACAAGUUAUUGCAUUUAUAGAAUCCUCAUGGGACACUCUGUAUAUCACCCAAAUUAUUCAUUUUCAUCUACUAAAAUACAAAUUAACACGUUUAUCAAGCACUGUACACAUACUAGACUAAGCAUACCUAUAUGAAUAUAAUCAAAACAAAUUGUUAAUGUAAUAAAAAAAACGGGAAAAUCUGUAGAAAACUUUAUUAAUGUAGAUAGCAUACGAGUAUAUGGCACGUGUACCAAAAUAUGAUUAUUAUAAUAUAAUUCUAUUUAUUUAUUUGAUUAUAUUUUAUUUUGAUGUUGAUGGACAAAACCACUCUUUAUUUUUAAAUUUUGUUAUGACUUAUGUCCAUAUGUAUUUUUGAUGUUUACAACCGCAGUAAAUUGUCCAAACACAAAAAGAUUAUUUAAAUAAAAAUAAUAAGUUGGGAUGAACAAAAAAUAUUUUACAUUAAUAAAACCACAAAAUAAGUAUUUUUAUACUUAUCGAUUUAUAUAUAUUUUUUAAAAUUUUCAAUUUUAGAAUGUAAAAUUUAGUUUGAGUGCAGGCCGCAAAAAAUGUAUUGUUAGGACGCAUGUGGCUCGCAGGCCAUGUAGUGGGUAGGUACCAAUGAGACACUAAAUGGCAAAGAAAUAGUUGAAAAUACAAAAUAAUGGAAAUUUGUAUUAAACCUUGGAAUAAUUAGUUGGUACUUAAUUUAAAAAAUAAAUUGUUAUAAAUAUAUUUAAAAGUAAAAGUUGUUGGUAUCUAGUUAGUAGUUAGUUCAGGUUUUUAGUUAAAAUGGUUUUAAUUGAUUGUCUAAAACAAUAAAAGGGAAUGAACACUUUACAAAAUGUAUGUUAGUUUUAUACUACCAACUUGUUAACUAUAUUAUAUGUAUUUACUACAUUCUUAAUUUAACAUGUAUUUGUAAAUUAUAUUUCACAUUUUUUCCUUA